GACAAGCACUGCCCCCUGUGAAAUUCCUGACUGCAAGGGUGAUUCCUACGGUUACCAAGGGCUGCCUCCUACUGUAGCCUACCGUGUGCUCUGGGGCAAACUAUUUUAUAACCUCUGGAUAAAUGAUCAACUCCUCGGAAUGAUAUCUCCGCCGAUAAAGGGUGAGUUAUGGUUUAAUAUGCAGGAGAUAGUGUCGCUUAUAUGUAUUCUGCAGAUGUUAGUGUGCGGGCUCAGUAGAGUGGGAAGCUGACAGGCUAUAUGUCCUGUCUUGGCUCGUUAAGCCUGCAAAAAUGUACAUUACCGUGUCUGGGUGUUUAUGAACACAAAACUAAGGCUGUUGAUCAGCCAAAUGUGCGUUUUUUAAGACAAGACUUGGGAACACGCCCUUGCUGUCUUGCCUACCUGUAUGAAAGGGAUUGCUUUCAACUUCAAACUGCGGACACAAACCGACACAGGGAAAGUAAACGGGGAUUGUUAAUUUUUCCUCACAGUUUCGAGUUCAUUGUGUUGUUGUUUCUGUUAGAAAUGCGUCUCCAAAAACGCCUCUCUCAACCAGAGAGUCACAGAGCCACAGUGAGAAAAGUCAACUAUGUUUCAUACGGUUGACUUGGUCCGCAUUACCUCGGCUGGUGCACCGCAGCUCAGCUGUAGAUUGUAACCUGCGGCGGCAGAGUUCUCGCGGAUGGAUACCUUGCAGCAGUCCCAACCACUUAAAACAACCAGAAAAAUAGAUAAAACGCUAUUCUUAUUCGUUUUGGUGUUUCAUGUAGCCACACACAUAUGCCACCGAUGAGGGAGAGUAAGAGGGGGGGUUUCCGAGGCCACGGUGAAACCAGGGAGUUUCCUGCCUGUAGGUCCGCCAGCCUGUCGGGUCACAGGUAGGGGUUGGGCGGGUAAACCUGUCCUGGAGCUCCACCAAACAGGGGUGACCACCGGUAAAGUUAGCCGUUUGUUCAGGAUCAGCCAGUCUUUAUUUUUGCUUUUGAAAAAUACAAUAUUUAGAUUUUCUAUUAAAUGCCACGAAACAGGGCCCAUGUAGCUGCUUUUUUGAUUAAACAUACUAUAGGAUGUUAAAAAAGGUAUCAUAAAAUAGUAACCGCCAUUUUAUAUGGGUUAAAAUUCCUAAGCAGGUGCUUCUAUAGCACGUGCUCAGAAUGGUGACCGUUAACUGAUUUGAAUUUGAAUUAUGUUUAAUAUAAGGACAAAAACCCUACAUAACCUCAUUACCAACAUAUGUCAAGUUAUUGUGUGAAUAUUUGGCCAAUUAUUAAUUCCUAUAAUGAUUAAACUGGUUAUAAUCUUCACAAUCAAUCAUUUAGGUUGCCUAGUGUGUCAAUGUAAGCACACAGCAAAGGCCUUCAACAUGAUUGAAAUUCCCAACUUAUAACACAGCAUAAUACAUUCAUGCUAUAUUCCUUGUCCCUCCUUUGACGUCUUUUUUUGGCAGAGCUCGAUAUAAAAAAUUCAGGCAGUGCACAAGAUAAAAAUGUCCCUUUUUUGUUUGAUACUGUUAAAGUACUCUUGCAACUUUACUGGUAGCCCAUCUACUCCUCUCCCAUUAAAAAAGAAAAAAAGAGACUGAAAUCUUUCACUUUAUCUUCAGUCUGUGUUGCAAGAAGCUGCUGGGCAACAUACUCUGACAUUGUUUGAGCCCAGUUUGACAUAAAUAAUGACAACAACUGCUCCCUCCUAUCAUAAAUAAUGCAGGACCCUUGGUAUCAUAAAACCAGAAAUGCUCUGGAAGUUUGAGGGUUGCACUCCUAUCACAUUUCUGAUAUUCUUCUUCACUUUCAUUCCUCAGAAGAUUGGUUUUGUUUUUUUGGAGACAGCUGAAGAGGAAUACGGUGACUUCUAUUUCAGAGCUGUCACAACAUGUAUGUUGAAAGCAGUAAAAACAUACAGGGUUCUCAGUCUUUGUUAGUCUUCUAACUUCUAGUAGAAGUCAGAAAAGUUAAUCUCCUGAACGUCAACAUGUCAGUGUUGCUUUUUCCCUGUUCUGCCUGUUAACUCUGGGAUUUCCUGACUAGAUACAAGCUUGUUCUUGUGUUGUUCAACUUCAGCAGAGGCAUGAUUGGAUUAUUUAGUAUGGCAUGAGAUUAAACGGUGAUAUCCCUGGGGGCAUGACAAGAGACAGCGCUAUCACUGUCAUAAAAUAUGGAAUUUAAUCCCACAUCAGAGGAGACAGAGGUGCUGUAGAGUCAGGGGUGAGUAUUGAAACCAGAGUAAACAGAAUUUAGAUUCGUUAAGUGUGGUUCACAGGUAUUUUAUGUUAACAUUAUUGUGCUAUUAUGCCACUUGAUGAAUAUGAGCUAUACUAUAUCUAGUACAAAAUCCUCAAAUGUUUCCUUAUUCACAUAUCAGAGUCCAGAGCAGGAUUAGAUGUGCUUUCGGCCUUGCACAAAAACAGGUCUGGUCAUCUUUUCAUUGUUUGUUACAAUUUUAGGGGACUAAUUUCACAAGUAAUGAGUUCUGAAUGUAUUGAGUUGAGAUGCACAAGUAUGUCAGUUGAAUAUUGGUGUUGACUGAUAUUGGCCCUUUGGCAAAACAUCGGCCAUUGUCAAAUAAUGUGACAAGAAUAAAUGUCAGCGGCCAAUGUGUAGCUGUUGUCUCACAUCAGUUCUUUGGCCAUUAGUUAAAUUGUCAUCAUAGACACCAGAAUCCAAGUGGACCCUGAUUAUCCCAACCAGUCCAUCCUUAAUAUUGGUGCUGGAUGAGAAUUGGGGGUUUAUUCCAGCAACAGGUGGGUCUGGUAUCGGAUGACUGGAAGUUUGGCAUAUAUUUCCAAAAUGGUGAACGCAAUAUUGAGAAAGUGUGCUUUUCAAGUACAGAACCUGCCUGAAAACCCUCAGAUUUUAAGGUUUCUUCAAUAUUAAAGCCAUGCUGUUACAGUUUUCUUAACAGCUGUGAUUGGUUAAUAAAGAGCACUUGUUAAAAGAGAAUUCGGCAUGCUUUGACAGCACCAGCCUAUCAAACCAACGGUGGAGCAGGAGACUGAAAGUGUAAGUCUUGUGUGUGAUUCAAGACAAUGCCAUUAACAGCUUUGUCACGAGGAAUCCACCUUUUGUGAGCUCAUGACUAACAAAUAGAUAACCCCACUCCAGCUCGUGCAGCCAUCAACAGCUGGUUUACUGACUGACUGCUCAGGAUCUGCUCUUUGUUGUUGCCUAGUAACAGAAGCACAAAUAUGCAACAGGUAAAGGCUAAACGUGAGAUAUAAGGCUCUGAGUCUCUUUCAGUUGGACGUGCCAUACCUCUAAUUCAGAGCAGAUAGAAACUGAUAGCCCGCUGUUAACAGCCGCUUUAUUCAAUAACAAACACGUAUGAUAAAUAACCAGUCGCUAUGCCUUCUCUUUUUUCUUUAUGCGUCUCCAUGGAGGGUUUAAAUCCGGUGACACUCAGGAAUGUAGAUUGAAUUCCUCUGAAUUAAUGACCCUCAUUGGCUCAGUCAUCGACAGCAACACAGCCAGCAUGUGACCCCACCAGACUUCCACUUUGGCUUGUUUUAACGUUCUCUCGUGUCCCGGCACGUCUUGUGACUCCCGCCGUGACAGAGCUAUACGCUAGCUCCGGAGCUAAUGUGAAGUCAUUACUUUGCAUGAGCUGUUUCGUCUCUGAUUUAGGCGCGAUGCAGAGGCAUGAAGGUGUCACGAUGAGGACGAGUGUACAGAGGCAGGUGAUGUUUUUCUGGAGCAGAGAAGUUUGACAGAUUAUGUGAAAAGUCUGUUCAAAUCUCACAGACUGUUUUUCUAGAAUAUGCUAAUUAUGUGUUAAUCCCUAAUUAUGCAUGUAAACCCAUCAUCUCAUGUUAGGGAGCUUUUCCACUGAGUAAACACAGGUCAUAUACACCAUUAGCUCUUAAUACACAUGAGCUUUUAAUGGCAUCUUUGCUCAAACUGGCCCUACUCCAAGACCACGUGUCGUCUACAAAUUCAGCGCUGAUGAUUUCAAUCAGCGGGGCGAACAUUUGUGUCUUUUUUUUUCACCAUGAUUUGGUGGGCUAAAUACUUUUUCAAAGCGGAGAUUUUCUACAGCAGAUCAGUGUAAAAUCUCCAGCGCAGGGUUUUUGAUUUCAGGAUUAAUCACUGCUGAGUGUGAAUGAGCUACAGGAGGCUUUCAUUUGUAUUCUGUAUCAAAAGGAGUUCUGGAUGAAUAGCCUGCAUGAAAGGAGCGUUUGAAUGAAAACAUAAUGGAUCAUCUUAUCUGCUUCAUUAGAUGCUUAAUUUGCCGCUUCACAGGGAAAGUGGAAGCACUCGUUCUGCCUUGCUUGACUCAAUAAGUGUGUCUUUAGUGCAGCCAUUUUUAGAAGUUCAGGUUAGGUUGCAAGGCGGCGCCUCAUUGGUUCGGUUAUUGCAGAAAGUUACUUCACUGGACAUUGGUGCACCUGCUUCUUUGGUGUGUUCAGGAGUUCAUGAGUAUGUUGCAGGGUCACUAAGUCCAGUAGGUUCUGAGUAAGCUGUGAACUUCUCAGGAGUUUCCCUUAACAGCUCCAGAAAGGUCAGCCUCAUAAAUUACACUUAAUCAGCUCAAGCUGCAGCUGUGUGAGUUCAGAGCAUCGACACUCUAAACAACCCCAAACCUUGUUUACCGGUUCUUUCCUUUUCCAGCAAACGAGGAGACGUCUGAUGAGAACACCACCGCUUAAUGCAGGAAAGAAACAGAUAAGAUGUGUCAUGUUGCGUUGUUUGCAUUAUAACUCUUGCAAAUGAGACGCUUUUCCAGGAAAUGUUAUCAGGCGUCCAAACCACAGAGAUUUUCUUAAGAAAAAGGACAUACCGUGCAUUUUUAUGAGCGAACUAGAGCAUGUUUUCUUCGCAUGCAAAUGUGAACAACAAUGUUUGAGAUCUUGUGUUACAUACUGGCACAACCAGGCUGUCAUAUUGUCAGUGUCUCUGUGUUGUCACUUGAACUGUUGAUUACAGAGUCUCUCAGAUGCUGACGCUCCUACAGGUUGUGACGCGGAGGCUGCAGCCGUGCAGCGCUGAUUUGUUUGCAGCAGCUGACAGCAGAUGUCUCGUGGCUCUGCUGUAACUUUGCUGGAGCUCUGUGCGCACAGAUGAAAGUCUUUUUCUUGAGCUGUUUGUGCAAGGUUGUUUGUUUGCAUUCCCAGUCAAGGCUUCUGGAUAUUUACUCUGUUGUUGUUUUCCUGAAUCUAUGCCCAGGUUGUUACACCUGUUUGCUUGUGAGUAUCAGUUUUUGCCUUCAUAGUUUAUUUCCAGAAGUCUCUUUUUAUCCCAAGUGUUAUGCUUUAAUGAAAACACCAGGUGCUGGGUUAGCUAAAGGAAUUCGGGAUGAAACUGGCAAACACAAGUUUCCCUGAGCAAUGAUUUAUGUUCACAAAAGGAGAAAACAGGAGCCUACAGUGAUGCUAUGAUCAUUUUGCUCUUCUGCCUCACUCGCUCCUUGCCGUCAGUGCUUGCCAGGACAAACAGACAAGCCGGCAGCUCAUCAGGAGGGGGUUUGGAUUACUGUGAAGAAUCUACUCUAGCUCCCCUCCCUUUCAGAGCAGCGGGGAUUCCUGUUACCGCUCUUCUGGACUCUCCCGGCAAACUUGAAGUGGUUCCGCUCACCCAUUUACUCUGGCACGGCAACGACAGAAACCACAUGUGAGAACGACCGCAUAUCCUGUUUCACUCCGAUUCAGACCUCAGAGCCCUGGCUGCGGUGCUGGUGACUGUGUGCAGGGACCGUACUGUAUGGUAAGCGUAGCGUGAAGUAUCUGGAAUAGUCUGAGAGGAUGUUUGGAGGUUAGAUUUUGCGAGAAAAGGCUCAGACACAGGAAGUAAUUGAUCCGCCUUUAACCUUGGUGCUCUCCUGAUGUGUAGUGCCACUCCUCUUGUUUGACCUGAUUAAUCCCCCAAUUACCCACGUGCCUUUGCUUUGAGAGGAUUUCAAAAGGUGAUUGUAUCCGGCUUGCUUUGUGGCCACCUGCAGAUUUCUUUAGUAGAGCAUCACCAAUGCCAGAUUACUGUCAUCCUGGUGUAGAUCUACAGAGGUUGGAUAUUCUUGUUCUGUACCUUCUAGAAAUUACAGUAAAAUCUGUUGUCUGAGUCGCACAAGUAUAAAAAAUUUAGUCUAUUUUUAUGGGGCUUGAAGAGUGAAAAAGGCUUGAAUUAUAUUACAGAGGGACCUCUGUUGUGUUCAGUAAUGUGCUAUUUUUAUGCAGAUGUGUAGCUCUUUCUGGUAGGGGUGGCUGUGAUUCAGGGGUAGAAGGUCAAGGGUUUGAUCCCAGGUCCUGCUAUUCAUAUAUGAAUGCAUGAUGACCAAAUGGGCUAGGGUUGCAGAGGGGAAACAUUUCCAGAAACUUUUCAUGGGAAGUUAAGCUGGGGAAUUUGGGAAAGAUUCCAAAUUGGAAACUGUCCAUGGGAAUAAUGGGAAUUAAUGGGUCUUCAAAAUGUUUGACAAUUGAUGUAUAAAUUAUUGUAUGGUUACAGAAAACCAUCUUGCAGGAGUCAGAAGAAACAGCAUCACAUUCGAGGUAGCUACCACCACCAUGAUAGCCAAGAUUAUGCUACAAGAUACAAAACCCAAUUCCAUUUAAGUUGGGAAAUUGUGAUAAACUUAAAUAAAAACAGAAUACAAUGAUUUGCAAAUCCUUUUCAACCGAGAUUCAAUUGAACACACUACAAAGACAAGAUAUUUAAUGUUCAAACUCAUAAACUUAAUUUUUUUUGCAAAUAAUAAUUAACUUUAGAAAUUGAUGGCAGCAACACGUGACAAAGAAGUUGGGAAAGGUGGCAAAAAAUACUGAGAAAUUUGAGGAAUGCUCAUCAAACACCUAUUUGGAACAUCCCACAGGUGAGCAGGCUAAUUGGGAACAGGUGGGUGCCAUGAUUGGGUAUAAAAGCAGCUUCCCCAAAAAUUCUCAGUCAUUCACAAGCAAGGAUGGGACAAUGUUCACCACUUAUUAUGCAUUAUGAAGCAUAAAAUAUGACAACGGAGACCCCGGACUGUUGAACAACUAAAGCAUCAGGCAAAAAUGAGAAAGAAUUCCACCUUCAAAGCUUCAACAAUUAGUCUCUUCAGUUCCCAAAUGUUUAUUGAGUGUUGUUAAAAGGAAAAAUGAUGUAACACAGUGGUAAACAUGCCCCUGUCCCAACUACUUUGGCAUGUUGCAGCCAUGAAAUUCUGAGUUAAUUAUUAUUUACAAAAAAAAAGAAAUAAAGUUCAUGAGUUUGAACAUUAUAUAUCUUGUCUUUGUAGUGUAUUCGAUUGAAUAUUGGUUGAAAAGGAUUUGAAAAUCAUUGUAUUCUGUUUUUAUUUAAGUUUAUCACAAUUUUCCAAUUUACUUCAAUGGAACUGGGUUUUGUAUGUUCCCCAACUAUAUUUAAGUUCCCUGUUGAGGGCCAACCUUCAAUUUUGUGAAUUUCAGAUAUAUUCCUGUUAAUUAUCACAGAAAGUUUCCAACUUUAAAGUUCUUGAAAUUUUGCAACCCUAAGCUAGUGCAUGCAUGAAAGUUGUUCAUGACAACACUCUCUGUAAGAAGGCCCUGUCUCAGUUCAAGUUUGGUGUAGAGGUAAGGCAGCUGGCUAUGAGACUUGGGAGAACCAGUUAUGGUAGGAUUUGUCACCAUGUUAGGAUGAUUCAGACAUUUAAAAACAGUUUGCAGAGCGAGCAAGUAUGCCGUUGCGCAACCUUCAAAGCAUUUCCAAGACUCUGUGACAAUCACACAGGCAUGCAUCAACACACUUACACAUGCGGCAGAGUCACACACAGAUGUGCCGACACUACACUCCUCCUCAGAACUGGGUCAAACUAGAUGUUUUGUGCCACAGAGUAUUUUUGGACGUGGUGAUUUGUGUUUCCCUCUAAGUGGCAGAUAAGAAUUGCAGCUCAGGCUCUAAAGCUGGCUCUUUUUCCUGGAGUUGUGAAUGCAGUAAAGCGGGGCCGUCCUGUGAGGGAGUCAGCCUGCUCGGUUUCUCACCACCUUUAAGGCGACUGGAGUCAUAAAUCAGCUGUAAAUCUUUGUGUUUGUGCUUCGAGGCUGGCCUGGGAGUUUCAGUGCAGGUUUCGAUCGGGAGGCGGGUUGCAGACUGUCAGGACAAAGUGCUGGUAUGAGGGAAAAGAUAGUGGAGGGGUUUAAACACUUAAGAAGAGAGUCAAUGAUUUAAACCAUCAGACAAGAAGACCCCGAGAAGACUCCCUUUUUGACACAGUUACCCCUGCAGUCCUGUUUUUUAGCCACAUUAUUCUACGAAGAGCCUUGCAGGUCAAACUGUACAUGCUCAGAGUUGAAAACUUUCGCCUAGAGUCAAAUUAUCAGUCGGGGUCUCCUCCUCUCCAAAAAACAGGAUAGUAAACCGGGUAAAAAUCCAAAAUGCGGCCACUGAAAACUAGUUUUUUAACACUAGAAUGUGAGGAGGGGCUGUGAGCUGAGCUGCAUCUUAGUAAUCACCAUAUUGAGUUAAGGACGGAGACCGGAUAAGCUGAAGAAGUAUGCUCUGCUACCUAUAAUGUAGUUGAAACAAGUCUAGAAAUCUAUGCAGUUUGACAGUUUGACGCUCUACACCAUGAGUACAGAGCUGCGAGCUGAGCUGCCGCUUACUCCAACAAAACAACUACAACUCCUCUUGUUUUAAUGCUAAAUACUAGAGAUAGACUUAUUAACUAGUUGAUAUAAAAGGCAAAUAGACGUAUAGGGCAACGUAUCGGCAUUGGCCAACACAAAGCCGUUUUCUUUUCCCAAAAUUUGACCGUCUUUUUGGAAAUCAUGAGCCCUGCCCUUAAGUCGCGAGGGACCCAAUUGGUAGUCAUCAGCAUACAGUUCAAUGUAAAAUGUGAUCAUACUGAAUACUUGCUCACCAACACUUUUACCCCUUGGUGUUGUUCAAUAGAUCCCUCUGUUUAAUAUCAGCUCAGAUUUAAUAUGAGCUAUUUCUGUCCUCCACUCCACAGGGUCCACGGUGGCUAAAUGCCAAGCGUAGGCGUGCUGGCUCAAAGAGCACGUGCUCAGGGAGGUUAGCGUUGUCUGAGCCGAAAUGAGAUUUAGGGCUUUUUGAGUUAACUACCUGAGUAUUUCACACUCCACAUCUUUCAUCUCGCCCAGAGGUGUUUGAGAUGACUGUGAAUGUGUGAGUGUGAUACCUGGGUGUGUAAACAGCGAGCCUUAAGCUAUCCAUGAGUCAUUUUUCUCCAUCUUCUUCUUCCCUUUGUGCAGGUACUGGAGUCUAUCUCUUUGAGCCAAAUUGAUCUCAUUCAUACACAUCUGUGCGCACUUACUCACACCUACUGAUCAGUGAAUCAAGCGCACUCAUGAUCAUCCACUUCUUCUCUUCAGUGAUGAGUUUAAAUCCACCACCUGUUUAGAGACGGUUCUGUGGGUGUAGACCAUCUUUGGAGUUGCUUCUGCAUCUGUGUGUUGAUUCUCAGACGGGGGAAGAAUGCAGCCUGAUUUCCCAGGAAAUGACGUGAUGCAGCUCGAAUUAAAGGCUGCAAUUCCACUGUAAUAACCUCUGAUAUGAAUUGAUGCAAUCACAGCAUCAUUAAGUGGUUUAAAUAAGGAUAAUUCCCCAGCUGGAGGAGCUUAAACUGUUGCAUUUAGUGUAAAGUAUGCAUCUACAGUUGUUUUGUGCAUUCAUGUAUGGUGAUGGUUUGUUGAAAAACAGAUUUUACAUUUGAGUUAAUCAGUGAUUUAUAAAUGUAGAUGCCAGUCUAAACCCAUAUUUGGUCAUAACUCUUUUUAUAAGGGUAAAAUUCAAGGAGUGAAUCAUGAUACAAUAUUACGUAACAUACAAUAAACAAUAUUAUGUAACGUGUCAUAACAUGACCCAUAAAUCGACCCUAAUUUAGUCACAGCUUUUUAAUGAGGGUGAGACUCACAGUAUGACUCAUGAUACAAGACAAGACAGUUUGUCACUUCACGUGACAUUAAGUUAUGACACAUCAGGUUACUGUACCUGACAUUACCUAACCUUAGUCCUGUUAGCAUCCUGUUAACUUUGCAUUACUUUACUCCAAUUUACUUAUUCGUUAUGUUACCUCACACAACUAAACUUUAUCUUACGUAACGAAUCAAUACAACUUAAAGCAACAUAAAUUUGUGUUACUCUACCUUACUUAACUCAAUGUAUCUUUCCAUAACUAAAAGUCCUACUCCAAUUGUUUUUUUACUACUUAAAGUGUUCUCAUUGGUCUGUAAACUGUGAUUAAGUCUUUAGCCAAAAUCAUGUUACCUGUUUCGUUUUCAAGGGAUUUACUUCUGCAGAGCUCCAGUAGAUCAUUAGCAAAUCACAUCUGAGUCGUGCAUGGAGACAGCGCUGCUCUGCACAACUCUCCUCGAGAUAGCUUGCAGCCUAACAUUGCUGGUGUAAUAGAAGAAACAGGUAACGUAGGAGCUAUUCAGCUCUCGGACACUAUUGUCUUUAGGGGCAUGAUAAAAGCUAAUAUCAUAUUAGCUUUCUUAUGAGCAUUAUAACCCGCUAACACAGACGCUUGUUCCGCCAUCGUCCUCUCUAUUUCUCUGAGCCUGACCUGCAUAGCCGGGCUCCGAGGGCGGAGCUUGGAUUUGUGACAUAGGAAAUCUCACUGUAUCUGAUCCUGCCGUUUGGCUCUGUGAGAGAUUCACUGCGAUUUGAAUGCAGAAAUAUGAAUAUGUAGACAACAAGAAAAACAGGAUUUUCAUCGGAGUGGGUCUUUAAUGUGUCUUUUUAUUGAGUUACUUUGCAUUACUCUUUAUUACAUCACUACAUUACAUUACAUAGAUUUACUUCACAUCAUGUAACUUAUUAACUUAAUUCAUUUACAUUGUUCCUUUACUUUGCAACUUAACAUCACUACACUUAAUCUCCUGUUAGGAAACAGUGUGUAACUUAUGUAACAUUACUUUUUGUUAUGUUACUCUCCAGAAACAUUACGUUACUUUCCUUGAUGCAACUUUCCAUUACUUGACUUGACAUUAAUGUAACUUUACAGCAAGUUACACUAUAUAUUAUGUUUCAUGACUUUGAGUUUCUCUGCACUGUGUCAUAUUAGGUUACGUAACACAACUUUACGUACUCUACUUUACAUUAUAAGUUGUUACUCUCUGUGAUGUGUCCUUUCAUAAUGCAACUUCAUUAUUUUGUGUUACAUUACAUUCUGUUGUUCCGUUUUACUGUACUAAGUGUGUAUUAGGUGUUUCAUAUCAUUAUAGCAAGUACAAUUAUUAAAAGGACUUUAAAAUGAACCGUUUAUGCUUGCAUUUUCAAUGUUUUUUGUAAAAGUGGUUUGAAAUGAUAGGGUGCAUUAAGUCUUCUUGACUGUUUCCAUGCAGCUCGGGUUUGUAUCUAAUCUGAUAAUGACUCCAGUUAUAAAUCAAUAAAUGAGAAUUAAAAAAGAUGAGAUAUUUUGUGUAUGACUAAUCAGUUAAUCAUCUUAUUGAUCUAAAAACAUGCCUUUGUAUAUCAAGAUUAUGAUGAGAUUAUAAUAAAAGUCAUCAAGCGCUCCUUGGGUUAUGUAGAAAUGUUAGUAUUGGCAUCACGUAACUUCCCCAUUGUUAAAUAAAUUGUGUCCAAGCUACAAGCAAGAAGUCAUUAUGCUGUUAUUUAUUUCAUCCUGCGCUGGUUUUGUAUUAAUAAAUAAUGAGCGUUUGUUAUUAUGCUGCUUCAGAGGACUCUUAUUCUGAAAAGUUAUGACUUGUCGGUAAGAUAAGGACAUGAUGGUUCUGUGAAUUUCGGCGUCUUUCACCUGACACUCACUCCUAAACUUUCAACCCUUCCCUCUCUUUGAGCCUAUCCUGUGAGAGAGCAGCUCUUAUCUGCCUUCCUCUCAGAGCUCGUCAACGUCAGGCUUGAAGAGUUUGCAUCUGAACUGUUGUCAGCCGUGUGGGAAUGAGAGCAAAUUGCAGCUUCACGCUCACUCUGUUUCUUUUAUCUGCGGUGUCACCUCUCGAGAGCUGUCUGUAACACAUUGUUGUCAGAGCAGGUUUCGAAGCUAAAAUAUACAAAUUGUCAUGCAGCUGUUGAUGAACGUUGAUUUUUGCAGAAAGAGUGCGAACAAAUGCUUCAUUAUGAAUUAAAGAUGUGAUGAAAAAAGCUGUGACUUAAUUACAGGCACGGUCCAAAAAGCGGUCAAACGUGGGCAGCUCUCCCAGACGUUUCAACACUCUGAAUUCAAAUUUCCUGUCUGUCUCCUCUCGCCAGGUUGAUGUUUCCUCACCGGGCGCCCCCAGGGUCGCUUUCAAGCCUGACUGCCGACAGCUCGCCACCCCUGUCAGCCUCCUGAGCGAGCAAAUUGAGCGCCCCUGGCUCGACAUCACCGAGCACUGCGUCUGCCAGCGGUCCAGCCGAGCAGCCUCCGUGUUGCCCCGAGCCCAGCCUGCCUGGGCAGGACUGCGUCACCAUGGAUACCGAGUCCACCUACUCUGGGUAUUCUUACUACUCGGGACGCUCCCGGGGAUCCCACAGGCAUGGGUAAGACCACAUCUUUUAUUGUCAUUAAAUGUGUUUCGUUCUGCCUUCACCUCGAGGGGACUGCUAUUAAAGGAGUCAGUUUUAUGUCCCAGACUAAAGCUCAGGGUUCUGGGACACGAGGGCCUCUUUUACUGUUCUCUUCAACAAAUCUGAGCCCAGAUACCAAUCAUCAGUUGGAGAAAGAAAGCCUGGGUUUCGUCUUUCCCUCUGACUCUUCAUAUACUUUAUUAUCCCAGCAUCCUUAAGGAUAUACAGUCUCUACGACUAGCCUGUGGGUCAAUCCAGAUGAAACAUUUAAGGUGUCUGGAUCCAGAAAAGAAAGGGGAAACUUUUCUAACCUCCCUUCCAAAGGUCCUUGCUCCAGGGACAUAACUUUCUAAGACUUACCCCCAAUUUCCACCGCACCUGGAAGGCUUCGAAUAGAUACGAAUAGAUCGUAGCUAAUCGUAACGAUUCAAGUUAAUGUGUCAAUUUCUACCGGCUUGUUUCCAUUCCGCAGCAGAUCGUAACAGUUAUAUUCAUUCCGGACGCCGGAGCUUGCCGGAUAAAUUCAGCACAGAUUCGUCCGUGCUGAAAAGGAAGUCGGGCACAGAUGCAAAAUAAAACAUCCGGCGUCUUUUCAUGAUAAAACACACACUUGUUUCAGGCGGAUUGUAUUUCACACCAUGCAAACAGGCGGAGACGAACAAGUGAAAGGCUUUUAGGCAGCAUUUCACCUCAGGGACACCAUGGAUGAGUAGAUGCUGAUUUUAGAAGUCUAGAGGUGGAUUUCCUCCUCUGGAAGGACACAAUCUACUGCUUAUAUGGUUAGUCUCAGUGGCGUAGAGAUAACUCGUUAUCGUGCGAUUGCACGUGAAUCUGCGGGUUCUUGUGAUUACCACUGUCCAUCAAUCAGCGGAUCCGGUAGGAAUUGGCGGACGGCGAAAUGAUGGGUCUUGCAGCACUAAAAGCUCCUGGAACUCAAAGGACUCGUUACUUUUGGUGCAAAUGUGUCAAUAGCUACUGAAUUGGUUCUCAGGAUCCAAAGAGCAUGGGUACUUCAGGGUGGGUUUUGCAGUACCAAAAGCUCCUGUAACAGAUGUUAUGAUCAAACCAAAUAUGAUCUCAUUGAUUUCCCAGCCAUACCAGCCAGGGAGAGAGUAAAAGCAAACCAGGAACCAUAUGCUAUGAUAUUUCGUUAAGAACUUUUUGGAAGACUCCAGUUAUAUCACUAAUUUGGCAAUACCACUAGGUAUUGAGAAAAACAUUACUUUCCAAACCCUUUCUUAGAGUUCUUGCUGUGGUGGUAGUUCUAUCUAAAAGUACCAAAGGAUGGGUCUUGCAGCGCUAGAGCCUCAAGAAACUAAAAGUUCCGGUUACUUUUGGUGGAAAUGUUCAACAUUAGUCGCUGAAUUUGCCGUGAUGUCCUGGCAUCCAAAACUGAAAUGUUUACCUUUUUCUGUGGUGCUACUUGGAUCUAUGUUAUCAGGUUUUUUAAGCCAAACUGCAACUGAGGGGUUGUUUAUGUAUAGAGGCCUGUCUUUUGAGGCUUGUUGCCAAAAAGUGAACUAUUAUUUAGUGUUUUUUCUAAUGGUUAAUGAGAAAAGUGUCUUGCUGGUCUGCUUGGGGGCUUUUGCUGUGAGGCCUUUAAUAUCUGACACAAAUAUGCGGUUUUCAUGGUUGUAAAUCAAAUAUGUGAUCAAGGCUUGAUAUUGAAUUUUUAGUUUUGGUAUGAAAUUUGAUUUUUUUAUUGCUGCAUUUAUACUGCCUCAGCCCAACCCCAGUCCUCUCUGAUCUCCUCCCCUCUGUCCUGGCGUGUGUGGAGCCCUCAGCUCGUGUAGGAGCAUUAGUCUGUCAGCAGAGUAAUGGCUGUGGUUGACAGGCCUCAGGAAGGCAGCAGGAGACAGGUGCCGGAGAGGCCUGGCUGACUGAUGGCUCGGCGGACACGAUGAGAGCCUGAGAGGAGAUGAGUGGAGAGAAACUGGAGAGGAGGCUCUGCUUUCACAACAGCCCCUCCCUUGUUACUGUCAGCCCCCUCACUGCGCUACGCCAUAUAUCUCAAGCGCCACACCCACUUUUUGCAGCCACCUGUUGCUGCUUCAGGGACUUUCUGGACACUCAUUCCCCCUCACACUCCAUCCUUCUAACUUUUUAUCUCCCUCUUUCAUACCCUUGUUUUUUGCUCCCAUGUGCCCGCAGUGAUUUCAACACAGCAGCUGCCUCUUUCUGCUUGGUUCUUGACCUCCUCCCCCCCUCCGCCCUCACCCUCUUUAAUGGAUUCCUGGCUGCUCUCUGAGGAUGGGAAGGCGCAGGCGUAUCACUUUUUCCCCCUCUUGCUCGCUCACAUUCCCCCUGGGCAGGAAUGUGCCCUUGUAGCUCAAAGUUACAUGGAGCAAAAGUGGUCUGACUUCAUUGGGAAUCAAAGUGAGUAAAGGGGGAGAGGUGGUGCUUUGGAAAUGAUUAGAGGUGGUGGCUGCGGGAGCUCUUGUUUCCUUCUUCUGCUCUGUUUCCGAAGCUUUUUAAGUGAGUGACAGCAAAUUGGAAAGCAACGUAUGUGCAUCCCCGCCAAGCGCCUUUUCCGCUCCUUUGCUCCUGCCGUGGCUGUGCCAAAAGCCACCGGCUGGCCUCUAAUUUGAUAUUCAAACAAAAAAAUAAAAAACUGUUGCCUUUGAAAGCCAUGCCAUCGCCAUCUGAAGGUAAUCUUUUUACGCUGAGGCAGUUCUGGAUCGCUGUUGUCUAAUUACACUGACGCUGGGAACAGAUGCAGGCACAGGGGAAGGUUUUCCGCUGCUUGUGUGCGCGCGCGCCCAUGCAAAUAAUCACACAGUAACAUCAUCAUGCUGUCGUGUAUUUGUAUGUUUGCAUAUUUGCGAGGCAGUCUUACACCCAAUUUGUCAGAUUAUAAUAGAAGAAUGGGAUUGGCUCAGGUUUUCAUAACCAGAUGGAGAUGGGUUUUGGAGUUGUUUCCUCUCAAAUCUGGCUUUUUGUCUUCAACUGGUGUCCAAGUAACUUCCCCUGACUCUCCGGUGAUUGCAGCUCUGUCUACAGACGCUACCAAGACACAAAAGACGCCAAUGAUACUGAUUUCUCUUACUGCAUGUUUUCGAUUUCUUUCCUAGCUCAAUAAGCAGAGAUACAGAACAAUACCCGUGAGGGAUGUCUUUGUUUCAGGGACUUUUGCAUCCAACUAGAGCUUCACAAUUAAUUACGAGGGAAAGACGUCGAUCUAAUUUCAUGCCUUGGUUGUAAUAUUCCACAAAAUAAAUGAAAAUACUUUGCCGUAGUUGAUCACCAGACUUUCACCAGACCCCCUUUCAGUGAGUGUGGAAAAUUAAUAUCGCAGCACUCGACUCCACUUUUUCUGUGGAAGUUCCCCCCUAAGCCCUGCUCCUUGACUCUUGUCAAUUUAUGAUGUUAAAUUGUGGUAAAAUUGCAAAUCUCACAUUAGCAGCUGCUCAUGUGGAAAAUGAGUUCUUUUGAUUGGUCGAACUCCAAUUACAGGGCAGCGUGCAGCAUCCACAUGAGACUAAGUGAGUAAUCCAGACUAAUUCAUUCACAAUUAAAACACCAUUUCAAGGCUCCCAAUACCCCACCUAAAGGAGACUUUAUAUUGAUUGUGCGCAAGUUGAUUGUUAAAUUUUUUUUAUGUUUACAGAUGUAAUUAGUCUGAAUGCUGUGAUUAAAAAAUGUGGCGCUAAUGAGAAUCAAUCACAGAUUCCUGGAAACGGCGUGUGAUAAUCCAGGACUUCUGGAAACCCGAGUUAAUGAAGGUCAGAUGUAAGAAAAUGGAAAUACACCACCUGUGGGAGCUUUCAGACUCAUGAACCUGACUCCACAGCUACAGGGACAUAUGAGCCAUAGUGAAGGUAUUUGGCUGUUAAGCUUAAUUAGAAAUGCUUAUCAUUCCAUACCAUACGAUACCAUAAUCAAUUAUCUGAAUGAAGAUAAUCCUGAGGGGCAGCCGGACCACAGGACCGCUUAUCAGACCAGAGCCCCUUCAAGUGGGAUUGCACGUGCUAAACAGCUGACUGUAUUAAACUCACAGAAGUUCAGAGCUUUACUUUGGGACCUGUUCAGCUUAAUAUUUGUUUUUUAAAGAGAGGAAAUGUAAUCAAAUUCAAACACUUUCUUUCUCGCUCUAUAAUGUGUUUAUGGGUUUAAAAUGACCACACUGAGUGUGCGCAUGGUCAUUUUUUAUUUGGCUUCUUAGCUCGAUGAAUUUGGCCGAGGCCGAGCUGUCCACUGGUGACUCGGCUCAGAUGGCUGCACCGACACAAAGAUCAGUGUCACAGAGGUGUAUGAGGCGCCAAAGAGAGAGCAAAUUGGUCCACAGACAGCUUGGCGUGCCUUGCUAGUUGGCUCCACUUCCUCAAUAACCGUCCCUCUAUUGCUCUUUUUCCUCUCUGUGUGAGGCGGAGAAAGCGAUCAUGGCCACGCUCAUCCUCAGGUGUUAGAGGGAAACGAAGCAACCGCAGUCUAAUUGGCAAGGCUGUGCCCCGGCUCGCCAGGCGACGGUCUCAUCCCCUCCUCCUCCCCCCUCAUAUCCUAUCCUCACUGUUCCAAAAAGCCAUCCUGGUUUCAAGGAUCCUCGCUAGAAGUCAAAUUCCAUUAAUCAAAUCAUAGCGCAGCACACUGCUGGAAUACCAACGAGCCGGCUGCAUGUUAAUGAGCCAGAAAGGGGGAUGUGGGGAGGAGGGGGAAGGUGUGCAUGUGAGUUGGAAGCGGGGUUUCCACACGGUGCAAUCACCCCAGAAGCUCGCUGAAGGGGGAAUGAGAAAAAUGGGCUGGGGGAGGGGAGGGGCUGCAGACAGAGGCCAAUCUGUUCAAACUGAGGCUGCUCAUGGUCUGCUCGCCCUGUGUUUUCUGUCUGUGUGCACCUACAAUAGAACUGGACCACAGUUUGGGUCCCUUUCCGUCUGCUUUAGAACCUUAUAAUACAUCACACUUUACAAUGACACACAUUUAGAAAUUGUUUGCUGAAAUAGUUAGCAGAUGAUUCAAAUUUAAGUCUUUGUGACUCCUCAAACAGGUUUUGUUUGAAACUUUUAACUUCAUUUAAUGCACCCCAAAACCUCCAGCUGUGGAACAUGGCAGCACCACAGUAUGAAUACAUGCUCAAGUGGACUUAUAUUUGUGUUUUCCAGCUAUAGAGAGAGAUAUUAGAGAGAUAUUUUUUAUUCGAUCAAAUAUACAUAAAGUACAAUUUUAGACAAGAAAUUCACCUAUUUUUGGAGCUCAAAAAGGAGAAGGUAGAAGCUAUUUAGCGUAUUUGUACCCACCCUCAUUUCUUCCUAUCUGUUGACCUUUUACAUGUCUCUAGAAUUUUAGGAUUUCUUAAGUCGCCAAAAAGUAACCAAAGUUCCAAAGUCUAACAUGAAUAUGUAACAAAUUAUUAAUACUGAGACAAAGACCUUAUAUAGAUACAUAUAUACACCCAUACCUAUAUACACGUAUAUACACACAAAUAUGCACUUCAUUUAUAUACCUAUAAAACUUCAAAUCUCUCAUUUGUACCAUUUGUACCAUAUAGGUUUAACUAACUUACUUGCUUCAUUAAUUACUUGCAAACUUGUGCACAAUAUUUACUUACUUGUCUACUUACUUACUAACUUGGUCACUCCCUAACUGUGUUAUUUGUAAACGUGUUCACUUGUUUGGUUACUUUCUCACUUUGUUUUUAUGUUUGCUUGCUCACUUUCUGACUUGCUUGUUUCUUUACUGACUAACUGCUGCUGCCAUGUUAGCUUAGGUGGCCUGUGCUUGCCUAACAACAACCAAAAGUCAGAAUAAUAAUAUAUGAUAACAGCUAGUCCCCAGAUUCUCUGAUAAAAUCUCCAUCCUUAGCAACAGUCUGUUCUCCAUGGCAACAGUUUGCUAUAGAAUAGAAUAGAAGAAUAGAAUAUUCCUUUAAUGAUCCCCCAUGGGGGAAAUUUUUUUGUCACAGCAGCAUCACAGACAAGACAAAAAGUGCAAAAAUGCAGUUAUAACAAUAGGGGCCCUAAUAUUAAGAACUUAAAUAAAUGUAAUAAUUAAGAAAAAAAUUAGAAAAGGGAGAAGAAAAAAUAAAGCUUUCUACAAUAUACACAAUUUAAAUGCCAUAAAAAAAGUGGUGGUGUAAAAUCAGUUUUGUUACUGUUCAUUGUAAAGUCUUAUUGCAGAGGGGAGGAAUGAUCUGCGGUAGCGCUCCGUCCUGCAGGGUGGGAGUCUCAGUCUGCUGCUGAAGGAGCUGCCUAAAGCCCCCACAGUCUGGUGCAGUGGGUGAGAGGGAUUGUCCAUGAUGGAUACAAGCUUUGUUAACAUCCUCCUCUCACCCACCUCCUCCAGGGAGUCCAAAGAGCAGUCCAGGACAGAACCGGCCCUCCUGACCAGGAAUAACAGACAGCCACUGGUCAGAAUCAAGAGAGUAACAAACUUAUGCUGUGUUCAACUUACCUCGGAAGUCAGAAGUCCGAGCUGGGAAAGACGUCACACCGGAGUUACCAGCAUUUGAGUUACCAAGUGGGAAAAAAGCAAAAUCGGAGGCGGAAACAAAAUGGCUACAUAUACAAAAGCGCUUGCCUUGUCCGAAUAUAAGCAAGGACAAGGCAAGCGCUAAAAUAACUUUCGUUUUUCGCUCUUUUCCGACUUGGUCUCUGAAACACUGGUAACUCGGGUGUGCCAUCAUUCCCAGCUCGGACUUCUGACUUCAGAGGUAACUCGAAAACGCAGCAUAAGUUUGUUAAUUUCUUGAUUCUGACCAAUGGCUGUCUGUUAUUUCUUGAUAGCAAACUGUUGCCAUGGAGAACAGACUGUUGCUAAGGAUGCAGAUUUUAUCAGAGAAUCUUGGGACAAGCUGUUAUUAUAUCAAUUUAAGCAGUGAUUUGAUUGUCUGUUUGUUGACAGUGGCCUUUCCCUUCCCCUCUCUUUCCACUCACAGUGUCUUAUCACUCCGCCGCUGACUUUAAAGAGGGACCUCUGCUUUAUGAGUCCUGCCGCUCCUCCCAGUCUCCUCUCCUCCAUCUCUCCUCCUCAUUUAUAAUGCUAAUCAGUGACAACCUCUGAGCUAUGAGCACUCCCCCUAGACUAACAGCUGCUGCAGAGAUGAUGAUAGCUGUAAUAAUGUUUAACGGAACAAUGAUGGCCGCUGUAAUACAUUUAAAGGCUUACAUCAACCUCCUAAUCUCCUGGAUUUAGCAGAUAAGAAAACGUCACUCAGUCUGUCAGGGAGGAGAAGCCGCCUCAGGCUGUGUGUGGAAAGUUCUCUUUUCUUACAGCGUUUGGAUUUGAAACAUCAGCUGCUGUUGUUAUUUCUUUUUAUAGGAAAUUGUGUCCACAUUGGAAAGGAAGUACAGGAAUAAAAGCGGAAAGCAGAGUGGUUAACACCCCUUAAUCAAAACAUUCAGGUCCAGUGAAACUCUAUUAGACUGGAGCAUUUCCUCCACUGUUAAUCAUACUGGCUCCUCCAUUACCCCUGCAGGCAGGAUAUCCUGCACAUUAUGGUUAUGAAUUGUUAUUGUGUGAGAGAGUGGUGCUAAAGGGUCACUUGAGUUUUGUGUUUGACAUUUAUAAUUUAAGGGAAGGAGCACCAGAUCUCACUGUACGGCUCAACACUUAUUCAAGGAUUUUUAAUCAAGACCCUGGACCCUGUCAGACUGGUGCCACUAUCUCUGAAGUGGAAAUCACUGCAUGGGCACAGCCUUAUAUAUAUCCUAGGAGGCCACACUUGAACUGGAUGGAGAAUAAAGCUUACAUUUGCUGAUGCAGCUUUGAAGAGAGAGUAAGAGCGUCCUGUGCUGGAGUGUCUUAAUGGAAGGAGCUCCAUGGAAAUGAAAUUUGUUGCGCAUCUAUUGUGAUGACUCUGAAACAAAAGGAGUGAUUACUGUGGAACAACAUGCUCAGAGACAGGAAAAUGAAUUAGCAUUAAGAGGACAACAGCAUCUGAGACCUCCUUUGUUGCAGCUUAAAUAGACGGUUUAAAGAUGAUUUCAUUCACCUGAUGUCCAUCAUGUUUAACCAGUUAUAUCUAUACAGCAUCCUCAGCCUUUUCCUCAACCUAAACUCGAAGUGUACUUUGUACUCUUACCACAUCUACUCUGUCUAAAACCUCAGUGGCUGGAGGGGGAGGGAGACAGAUGAGAGAUUAACGGAGCUUUUCUGUAGUAAUAGAGCUGCAGAGUGGGCACGGUGCCAUGUGGCGAUGCCGCUGCCGGGCGGAGGAUGCAGAGACCCGCCGAGCGUUCACGCUCUGUACAGGAUUAGAGCUGUAAGUACAGUGGGUCAGUGCUGCUAAUGGAGCUCAUAUGCUGGAGUGAUGGAGGGAUGGAGUGAGAAAGGAGGCAUGUAUAUGGGGCAGAGUUCAUUUGAGCUCUAUGCUGGUUCAGUCCUUAAAAAUCAGACUUAGACGUACACAACAAGCAGUUUUAUCCCCCCCCUCUCACACACAGAGCUGCUGGGCUCUUAUCUGACUCUAACAGCAGCCUGUUGUUGUCACUGCUCUCUUUGUAUGUUCUGUAUAUGUUACUCUGCAUAUUUCUGCAUGCCUCUGUCUGUGUUGUUGUCUGCUAAGCUCUUUUGCUUUUAAAUAGGGCAAACCAAAGUGAGUUAAAAGUCAAAGACCUAGUUCGCACUCGCUAUCUCGGGUUCAUUUUGAAGAAGACGUGGUUCAUUUAUGCAAAAAUAGAUGAAAAUGGAAUCAUUUGGGGGCAAGAAGUUUACUCGUUUGCCCCGACUUCACCUCAGACUUAUUGUUCUUUAUUUAAAUUGUUAUUUUUGCUUGUGUCUUUGUUUGACAGAGAGCGAAGCCGAGACCGCCACAAAUCCCGCAGCAAAGACAGCCGCUCAGAAAAGUCUGUCACAAUAAACACGCCGCCUGCAGAGCCGCUGCUGGGCGACUCGUCUGUCCGGGGUGAGCAGGUCCAGGUAGGGCUGAACGCAGAACCACUAACACUUCAACACAAUGCUGCAUCACUAAAACCAAUCCAUACACCUACAUCCACCCACCUUCACUGAACGGUUUGAGCUGCAGGCUGCUAUAUGGAUGCUUUUAACACAAGAUAAGAGGACUCUGUAAAAAGGAUUUGGAGCAAAGGAGAUUUAUCAAGUCACGAUUGGAAAUGAAUGGGAAUGAUAAUCAGCCCGGGCUGGGACAGGCCAUCUGGUAUAUGAGGGCAAAAACCAGGAAGGGCUAGACCACUUUGGGUAAAAUCUAGGAUGUGAUUUUUAAUGAAAUCUGUCACUGCAAACAUCUGAAACAGGAUAUCAAUCAAACAGGUUGUUUCUUCCAUCAGUUCCACUGCAGGGAGUGUGGUAAUCGAUGAUACUUUAUAAUGCAAGCUUUGGAGGUGCAUUCAGUGACCCCCGCCUAAGUGGAUCAGACCAUGUGAAAACAGCAGCUUAGCAGUUUGUAACUCAGUGAAAAUUCAGGCAGUACCUCAGAAAUGAGGCAGACUUUGAUGCCAGUCAAUGCCUGAUCAAAAAAUGGAUUAUGUGAUGGAGUAUUUGAUACAUCAGAGAUAUAAGGUAGGACUCUGCUCAGUUCCAUCUGUCACUUUUACAACCUGAAUAACAACUUCAUACAUGCUCAACAUAAAGGUCAUGUAUGGGCAUUCAUGUUCUUGCCAAGUAGAUAAUCCUCUCACUCAUUUUGAUUUCAUUAAACAAACAGGCGUGUGAUUAUGUUUCCUGGAGUGAGAUAAAAGGAAGAAAGAAAAGAGCAGAUAUCAGCGUGUCUAGCUGGGCAGGUUGGCAUGUCAGGACACGAAUAUCCUAAUAGCACUCGAGGGAAACACAAGGUCUGGGUCCAAAAAACUCUAAGAGUGAAAAUGAGUAAUAGCCAAUUUGUCAGCUCAAGUUUUGGGUGGUAUUGUUGAGCAACAACUCAAGAUAAAUGCAAAGAGUUUACUCUGUGAAGGUCAACCAGACGCAGAAAGUGAGAGUUUUAAAAUAACUUUAAGGCAUCGUGACUGAUGACCAAGUCAUGCGUGUGUUACUCAUACUGGAAACAGCAGCAAGUAAAGUUGUGGUUUGCUGCAGGGGUGUUGAGAGCUUUUCUAGUUUUUUAAAGGAUUAGUCUAAUUGCUGGUGUAUUGUUUGAAAUCGUAAGUACUUGUCCUUAACUCUUUAAUGAUGAUGGUACGGGUAAUUAAAGUGUUUUGUGGUAUUUCCCAUACUUGUUCGGACAGUGACUACUUCUGUCCUGAGUAUUUCAAUUCCUUCAUUUGCUCAAAAUUGCACACUGAUCUUUAUUUAUGCAUGUUUGCCCAAACAUUCACUCUUUUUAUGUCAUAAACAAGUAACUUCCAUUCAUAUUGGAUCAUAUCUGAAGACCAUUUAUCAAUAGCACUACAGAACAUGGUUACAUCUUGAGGCCUGACCAAUACCAGAUUUUAAGCACGACACUGUACAGAUUUAAAAGUGGAAAAUUUAACGCUGAUGAUGGCUGAUAAAGUAAGUACAGUAUAGGCAAGAAAGGGAGUUUUUGGUGUUUGGAGCAUUUAUUCAGCCCAAUUUCAAGGUGCCGAUAUAAAGGAAAUCUGAGGCUGAUAUAACUAAAAGGAAUACUGAUAUUUUGUCAUGAUAUAAUCAGUGAAAGAGUGCACACUUAUCUGUAAAAAUUUACAACAAUACUGAUACAGCUGCCAAUAUCGGCCUGAUAUUGUCAGCAUACUAAUAUCUAUUAGCCAUAAUAUCACUGACAUGAUGCAAAAGAUAUACAGUCUAUCAGCUUUUACAGUCUUUGCAAUCGAUACCGAUAUCAUGUCUGAUAUUGGUAGAAAAUAAGUCAAUUUCAAACAUGGCCGAUAUCAGAUACCUUUAUCAACUCAAGUACCUUCUAACGGUGGUUGUCUUAUUACAUGGAAUAUUGAUAUUAUGAUCAAUGAAGGAAGUGACAUGUCUGCAAAAAUGUACAACAAUACUGAUACAGCUGCCAAUAUCGGCCUGAUAUUUUCACCAUACUUAUAUCUAUGAGCCAUUAUAUGACUGACAUAAAGCAAAAGCUUAUUACGUGUGCUGAUAUUUAGAUGACAAAUAUUGGCCAGCUAAUAUAUCUGUCAGUUUGGACAAGCCCAGAUGCUUUUAAAAAUCAGGGAGGAAGCUGUCAGGACAUCUUCAUGAGUAGUUAUCUGUCAUUUCAGUGUGUGAAAUCUGCCAGAUUCAUCUUUCAGCGUGCUUUGAAAGCAGGAAUUUCAACACUUGCUCCUGGCAAGAGUCAAGCGCAUGUGAUGAAAAGAGAAAUGCAGAUCCAGCCUCGGCUUACCCAGGAAUGACCUGCUGGUCUAGCCAAACAACUGUCAGGCACUGUGGCCUUCAUCAAGUGCUCAGCUUAGCCUGCUGGAGGGAAAAGAUGACAAAUACGAACUCUUUCAGACACUCGGAACAUUCACCAGCGUUUACUGACCUACUUGGAGCUAGCUUUCCCUCGUGGCAAGACUCGUUAACAGCGGCCCGUAUAUGUGUGACUGUGUUUUUUAGUCUGCAGAGUGUGUCUAAUUUUAACACAUGACAGGAUUUGCCACAGAGCAAAGCUAUCCUCAGUAUUUUGCUCUUCAUGACUUAUUCAUGCCGUGGCCUGCAGUGGUGUCGCUGACAGGGCGGGGAGUGUUUGGCUUUAGUUUGAGUAAUCAGGGCCACCAAAUCUACAGAGAGAGAGGCUCAGCACAAAUCCAUGUGUGUCUGUGUGUGCGCUCUGGUCCACCGCCUCACAUAUGCCCCUGUUUGUGAGCGUUUUGUGUCUGCAUGCGUCAGAGUCCAAGUGUGCAGCGCGGCGCUCAUUACUUCACUGCUGGGAUUUCAUCAGAGUCUUGGCUGACAGAGCAGCUCACCGCUCCAGGCAGGGAUGUCCUCAAAAUCAAGCACAAAAAAGUUUCUCAUGGCUGCGAUUCCUCUGUGAUGCCUCACCCCGGGAUUGAUAAACGACAUGCGAAUGUGUCAAAAAACACGACGGGAGAUUCAAGAUUAUCACCAAACCAGCCAGAGAAAUGUUCGGAGGAUUUGCCUUCUGCUGGGAGAGAGUGUUUGUGUGUGUAAACUUCUUCCCUUGGCAGCGAGAAUUCACAAGAGUCUGAAGACAUAUUAAAGAAACUGGGAGCAACAUUUGUAGGAUUAGGUCGACAUUUCGGGAAAAUCAUUCAGCCUUUUGUGUCUAAACUGAAUGUCAGGCUGGAUUUGGAAGCUGGUUAGCUAAGCUUUGCUCAGCAUCAAGGCAGGGAGCGAACACAUACCAGCAAGCUCCUCUCAAGAUCUUUACUUACAUUAGCUGCUGACAGGUGGAGAGCCAAGCGAGAAGGCGCCUUCUGUUUCCAGUCUCUAUACUAAGAUAGGCUUACCAGCUACAUAUUUGAUCAAGAUAAGUGUUUGCACCAGCGCUGAGUGAUUAAUCAAAUUUCGAUUUCAACCACAGUUUUUGCCCCCCGCAGUCACAAUAACAAGGUAAUCAACAUUAAAUGAUUACUGUGCCUCCUGCCGUGUUGGGCUCAUUUUGUCCUACAUGACGCAUCUCUCUACCCCUUCCCCAAAAAACACCAAAAGCUGCUAGGAGUAGCAUACAUUUCCCACAGUUCCCAAAUUACACAUGAAGACCAUGCUUCCAGUCGCUUACAUGUAAACAAUACUUGCACUUAGAGAUCUCGCAGUCUGCUUUUAAAGCUACCAUGUGGAACUUUUGGUCUGUGUUGGUUUUGCUGAUGGGCUUAUUUACAUUUAAAGGUCAUACAGAGUAGGGCUGCACGGUUUAGUGUUUGAGUAUCGUCAUCACGAUGUACUUGUGCGUGGUAGUCACAUUGCAGAGCCUGUAGGAGGCGAAUAAACUCACCUAAUUUCAAGGGUAGCUGACUGAGAUACACUGCAUGUGACUCUGCAUGUGCUGUGCAGCGAUCCACCAAUCACAUUCGUUCUUUCCUCAGUUGCCAAUCAGACUACCCUGCCAGCCGUCAAUCAAAUACAGAGAGGAGGAAACCACGCCCCUGAACAUGGAGUGAGUCACUGGCGCUGCCGAUGACGUGCUGAGAAACGCAUACCCGCUGAGAAUUACUUUCAGAAAUUACUUGUCACUGUUUAGCCCAACAAAUAAGAAUUGUAUGGGUUUUAAAUUGUACAUUUGUACUCUACUAUAAGCACAAGGUGCAUGCAAUUCUCGGCGGGCAUGCGUUUCUCGGCACAACACCGGUAACAACAACAACGAUUGCAAAAUGAGCAACGAACAAAAGGAAACCACCGAAAAUGAAGACUUGUUUCUAAAGAGAAAAGGAAAGUCAGUUAUCUGGAAUUAUUUUGGUUACAAGAAGGAUGAUGUCGACCAAAACACGUAUUCUGUGUUCAUCUGUUGCCACAAUAAUGUCCCAGCACAAUAAAAGCAAGCGAAAAAAAUCUCUGAGACAGACAGAAGCAAUUCUACUAACAUCCACAAAAAGAUCAGUGUGGGUCAAUUGUCCACAAAAAGAUCAGUGUGGGUCAAUUGUCCACAAAAAGAUCAGUGUGGGUCAAUUGUCCACAAGACUUCAGCAGUGCAGCAUAGCAAAAAGUGCUAUUCGGGUCAUCUGGUGAAAAUUCCUGUAUUCUUUAAUAUCGCAAUAUAUAUCACAGGGUUGAAAAAAAUUGCAAUCGUUUUCUGAUAUCGUGCAGCCUUAAUACAGAGGCAUCAGUAUCAGUUUUUAGCUUAUUUCUCAAACAGUUGAAAGUUCCUUACAGUGCCUUUAAACUGUUGGAGCACAGAUUGGAGCAAAGCCGAGUGCCUUUGUGUGUAUGACCUGCUGCAGAUGGGUCGGCUGCUCCAGGUAAUUUAGCGAAUUUAAGCAGCGAAAUUUGGUUAUUAUCAGUACUUAACUUUGUCAUCAUUUUAGCAUUACUGAGGGAACACGAAGGACACGACUCCUGCUGCAGGGCACUGUUGAAAUGUUCCUCAUGUAACCCCACAUCACAAUACGUGACCCAUACCGUCAAGACAGCUACUAUUAGUUUGGUAUUAAUGUACUUUUUCACUACUGUUGAGUUACUGAUUGUGGCAGAGCUCAGAAGAGGCAGGUUUUUAAGUGUUUUUGUUGCGCAGCUCUCAACAGAUUAAGUUGAUUUAAUAAGAAGGGAGAUUCCAGUCUGGGCUCUUUGGCUCAGUCCCCUUUGCCAGCCCACUUAUCUUUGGAAACAGAUCCAGACUCCACUCUGUUUUAUAGCCUAUAUAGUAUCUUAAACAGGGUUGCAACAUGCACGUCUCUCUGUGUUACCUCAGAUUGCUUGAUAUGUUUGAAGAGAACUAUGCAGCAGGUUGCUCUAAUUUCAGGGAGCAGGCCAAAGCUCCAGGCUGUAUGCUAAUAUGUCAUUGUGACAGAUUCACUUAAGGUGCUCGUUCAGUAUUAAAGAUCGGUUAGAGUUGUGUGUGUGGAUGCUUCUUCUGCCGCUGUACUUUCCCAGCGGGUUUUAGGACAAUGGAAGAGAGUAUAGCCUGGUCCAAGCCUCCUAUAGGUGAACCCGCACUACAUCAAACGAGUAAUUAGGUCAAUUUACCCUGCUGUUAUUGUUAUAAGAAACUCAAUAUUGGAGUGGAUAGCGAGAGGAGGAUUUUGGGAGCUCAGGUCAAUGUAGCAUGGCAGCUUUGCGGCUUAGGCGCGCAAUGUGGAGUGGCAUUGUUCGAGGUGUCAAACAGGAGAAAUGUGAUAUGUUUAAAACCGUGAAGCAUUCUUUGUGAAUUAACACCUUCAUAGCGGCGAGAAAGUGGUGUCGGGUUUAUUUUUACAGCGUUAACAUGCAGUUUGGAUAAGAAAGCCUUGUGUGAUUUGUGCCGUAAGUGGAUGGAUCAGCAAGUUGAAGACACAAGUGUUUGAUCUUGGCCUCCCCUGCUAAUGAAGGAGAAUGUGAAAGAUAAUUUGGCUCAAAUACACAUAAGCCUUUUUGAUUAGACUGGCUGGCAUUUGAUUGCACAACCUUUAAAACACUCCUCUACAUUUAAACAGAACAAAACCAUUUGUUGCAAUACAAAACCUAUUAAACGAUACUAUACUUUAGGGUACAGUAUAAUACAAUGGAAUACAAUAUGUCAUGUCAUCAUCCUGUAUUUUUCAGGAUGAUACAGGUUGAUACAGUAAAAAAUAACAGGAUGCAAUAUGAUAUGUUAUACUACAAUACAACAUGUGUCAAUAUGAUACAUUAGUAUAAGUUACAAUUACAUUACAUUACAUACAACAUGUUAGAAAUAUGAUACAAGUUGAUACAGUUUGUUACAAACUGAUGCAAUGAGGUCUGUCACUGCAUCGCUAUCUGUUGCAUAAUGGUUCCAUAUGAUAUACUACAGUAAGAUAUGAUGUGACACGAUACAGUAUUUCACCGUCAUAUAUGGUAAAAUUCAUUACAUCACAAUCUGAUCCAACAUACUAUAUGGCAGAAUAUGACAUGAUACAUUAUGAUAGAAUGAGUCACAAUGUAAUGUGAUAUUACAUUAUCAUAUACUACCAUAAAAUAGGACAUGAUACAUUAUGAUAUAAUACACUUUAAUGAUGUUAACAUUGACUUAACAGCAAGACUAUCCCCAAUACUAAAAUAUCAGUAAUUUGCACAAGCAGUAAGAUAAUUACAAAGCAAAAGCAUUUGUAGUGAUUAUAUGGCAAACUUGCUGAUACAGUAUUUUAGAGUAAGGAUAUUGGAAACAGAUACUGAUGCCAAAACUGGUAGUGAAUUUGCUCGCAUUUUUGCGAAUAUCAUAGUUAAGAGUUUUAGUAGUGGAGGCCGAUACUGAUGCGGAUAUCAAUGGUGAAUCUACUUACAUUUUUGCCACUACCAUAUAUAAGAGAAUGAUUAUUAGCAGCCGAUACUGACCCUGGUAAUGGUAGUGAAUAUGCUUGCAUUUUUGCUAGUACCGUAUUGAAAAGUAUUCAAGGCUGAUACAGAUGCCAAUACCAGUUAUCUAUAUUUUUUCCAUAUUUUAACAAAAUAGUAUUAGAGGCUGAUACUGAUCUAGGUGACAUUAGUGAAUUUCCUUACCUUUUUUGCUGGCAUCAUAUUUAACAGAAGAAUAUUGAUGCUGAAACUGAUGCCGAUACUUACUGUGAAAUUAGUGGUAUCGCAGUUUCAGGCUGGAGUAUUGGUGGCCAACAACUGAUACCAGUACAGGUUUUGAAGUCAGUUCUGUACUUGCAGUGAGAUAUCACAAUUCAUCCAGUCAUAACAGCUGACUGGUAUUGGUAUUGAUAUCAGUAUCAGUCCAGUUUUUGUCAUGUGCUCUCUACUUCUGCCUGAAUUUUGUUGUGUUUAAUCAGUAUUUACAGCUCACAGCAUGCUGGUUCAGUUGUAACAUCAAAGAUAACGAGUGUCGUGAUUUCACUCUAAUAUUUGCCAAAUUAAACAAAUGCUCUUCUUGCCAGUUCUCAUAGGAAGUCUGCCAACAGCCCGCAACCUCCCGCUGUUUCACCCUCUACUCACCCUCUCUGCAGCUCAAUUCAUUUAACCUAAUAUAAUCCAGCUGCUUUGUGGUUUCAGCUGUGCACUUACUUAAGCUGGACCCCCUGUACAGUACCAGCGGCGCCACUCCUGGCAUUUCUCUGCCAACCACAGAACAGGUAGCUUCACCAGCCACAGACUCAGAGGGGCGCACAGGCAGACAUGCCGGUCUCUUGGAAGAAGCUGGGGACUUGUGUUCAUAUGUGGGAUUUCUGUCCUAUGGUGAGUGCUUCCUGGCUAAGUCUCCUGUGAGACAGAAUCCCUGCAGAGCUUCACAGUUAUCCCGCUGCUUGUGUGAGUUUGACUUAGCUUGUCUUUUACUACGUGCUACCACCAGACUGUACGCUCAGUGGGUGGGCAAAGCAGGAGGGAGAAAGUGAGAUAUUCCUAACACUUUACUCUGAAGGUGAUUUUUAGUGACUUUUGAGGCUUUUAUUCUGGAGCUGAAAGUACAGAGACAGGAGCCCGAGCGAGAGAGGGGAGGAUGGGGGAUGACAUAUAACAAGUGGACAAAAACAAGGGCCAGGAUAGCAGUUAUUUGAGGAUUGUAAGGUCAGCUAGAGAUGACUUUGUGGCUAAGUAUUAAAAAGAAAGAUGACAACAGCAGGAGAAAACAGUUUCCCUGUGAUUGUCUGAUUUGUCCAAGUGGCAUUUUUUAUUUAUAAAGUGAUGAGAAUCAAAUUGGCAUCACUGCAUAUCUCUUAAAGUAGAAUGUACAAGAGACCAACCUGCUAUAAAAUCCACUCACUCUGUUAGACUGGUAGCUUUUCAGUCUUAAAGAUAAGGUAGGCAGGAAUCCGUGAAAGAAGCAUCUUUUUUUGUGGUGUAUAUACAAAAAAGCUUUUAAUAUCAGUCAAUAGCUAGUAGUUAUUAAUGACAUUUGGCACUAUAACAAUAUUGUUGUGUUCCGCUAUGUCUGUGUAGUCAACAUUUUCAACUUUUUGAGUGGCCCGCUCUUUCUGACUGUAAACAAAGCCAUUCACCACCUCCCCCAACCUGAUUGGUUAUGAGGCGGACGCCACUCCCUUGUGUUGUGAGGCACACUCCACAAAUAACGUUCAAGAGCCCAAACAAAGUUAGCUUGCUACAACAUCGGACAGUAGAAACCAACCAGAAAGUGUGGAAAACACACACAAUAAAACAAAGUAAAUACCGGAGACUCUGGCGGAGUAACGGGUGCUUAAAAUGGAGGUAGACCAGAGAAGUACUAAGAAGCCGGGUCAACAUCAGCAUAAACGAUGGGGGACGCAUCAGGAUCUUAUGGACCCUGUAACCUAGUUGUAAAAGUCCUGCAAACAUUGUGUUUGCUGGUAGUCUGUUGGCAUCUACAGUAGCACCAAUGCUUUUUACUUUCAAGUUGACUGGGCCCCAUUUGUAAUUAUCUGAAGUAUUUAUCUGCAUUAUAUCUGAAUUUAAUUGGAACGAUACAAGCGAGCAGGAGCGUCUAUUUGUGGGCGGGGCUUUCUGGAGCAGAGAGGGAGGGGAGAGGAGGAGCUGAGGGGAAAACUGGUUGGGAGGGGUAGUGUUUACAUUCAAGAUUUCUCCCAAAAACUGGCACUUCCUCAGAUCCUGCCUACCCCACCUUUAAAGUGAGUUUGUUUUUGUGAAAUCCAUGAAUUUUCUCUUCCAUAGAGAAGUUAAGUUAGAUUGUCUGGAUCCAACCUCCCAAAUAAUCGCCAUUCUGUACCUUUAGUACAAAGUAUAACAUUUUCAACCUUAAAAAUUGGCCAUUGAGUUCAACACUCAGUGCUAGCUUUAUUUGAACAACUAGGCUCUGCACUUAUACUUGAUUUUCUGACUAAUAAAAAUGACUACCCAUGAUUUGACAGCUGAUCUACACACAUUUAUUCAGCUUUUACAACCCUUUUUAAAAACUCUUUAAUUCUUUGAAAUCCUUUCCUGAGAUAUACACACACAUAUAUACACACACACAUGCAGCGUCACAGUGGCAGCUCGGCCACACCACGGUGCUCACUGGGUCAGAAAGAAUGGACGGAGAGUGGUGCUGAGGCAAGAGACGAGCGCAGAAUGAGGAGGAGAAUGAGAGAGGAUGCCUUCAGGGAAAGACGGAUAAAGGGAGAGAGGGAGGGAGGAAGAAGAGAGAGAGAGAGGAAGAGUGAGGAGGAGGAGGAGGAGGGCAGGAUUGCUCCUAAUUGGUGUCUCCUUGUUUAUUUAUUGCACUCCUGUGCAUCACUCUACCCACUUCUUUGCCUCUCUAUCAAUCUAUCCAUGCAUUUGUCAAUCCCAUCCAUCCCUGCUGAUGCCAGGACAUCCCAUUUGAUCCUCUCAUCGACCCCCUCCUCCCUCCAUCCCUCCUCUUCCUCUUUCCUCCUCUCUGCACUCCCUCACUCCAUAAAACCUCGUACAUUAUGUGGCAAGUGUGCGCAUGGUCCCAUACAAUGCCCUCCUGAGGCAUGAUUGGAGAGAUUUCUAUAUAAAGACGGAUAAAGCGAAGGCCGGGCUCCAGAUCAGGAGGAAGUCAGGGAGUUCACACAGACACACGCACACGAACAGUACGAGACAGGGAUGACGUUUGUGCAAGCGGGACCGAGCUAAAGUUCGCCGGGUUUUAAUUUUGGGAUGCAGUCGCCGAUGGUGAUGGAGGCGGGAGAGGCAGUCUUGCAGGUGCUGGAGGUUUGCGAGAGUGUGGAGGAGAAGAAGGAAGUGAUUGUCACCACUAUAGACCAAGACUCGAUUACCAACUCACUUCCAGGAGCCAGCUCCGGAGCAGGGACUAAAACAAGCCAGGUAGGACGGGGGCAAUGUCAACUGGUGGACUUACUUGCUUGACUGCUGAAAUUUGAAAGAAGAAGCUUUAGACAUUUGUUCAGAAUAAAAUUACAUGUUCUUCCUUACGGGGGGGAUAAUGUAUGGUGAGCAGGUGGUUAUGCAAAUCAGAAUCUGGAUUUUCAUAACCAUCCAUUCAUUGUACGUUUAUUGUUUUUUUUCACAAGCUAAGGGAUCAUUAGCUGUAGCUCUCUUAUUCCAGGAGAUAACUCAAAAUUUUCAUGUCCAGAUUAAAUUAUAUUAACCCAACUGGGCAUUUGACCUUAUAAAGGGCUUAACAAGUCUUUUGUUUGAUUCUUUUCCUGUUAAAAUUGUCAUGGCUGAAGUGCAGUCAUGUGUGGUCCCAGAAAUUUUUCAGUUUUGGCUGCAUCCAUGAAUACAAACAGACGAUUUUUCACACAUAGACCUAGCCUAGACUUUUAUUCCUGACAGCUCCCCAAGGGUGUAAUAUCUGCUGUAAGUCCAGGUGAUUAAAAUUUUCCAGUGAGUUCAGCAAAAUAUGUGACAAGCCCUGAAUCUAUAGUUGAAGCAGUUUAAUGUUAAUUGCUGAAUUAGAGGUUCUUUACCACCUUUUUGUAAAUUUCCCUCAUGUAAUCCAACUCAAUUUACUCUUUAACCAAGUGCUACUCGACUGUCAGUCUCCCAUUGUCUCACAGUCUCUGCUUUAUCCAGCGAAUUAGCCGAAGGAUCUUAAAGUGCUUCCACUCCUUGUCAUGACAAGUUCUUGGCAGACUCUUUCACUGUCCACGGCUUGAACAAAGCUGGUUUUAAAUGGCUGUGAAGAGCUCCUUCUGAAUGCAUGUUGCUAUAUUCUUCAGACACGCACUCACCUCGCCACCCAGGAGUAAGUUGAGUGCUCUUGUUCCCAGCGCUGAGCGAGGGGCUUUGUUUGCAGCCCACUCACCACUAGACAACAGGAAAAAAAACAGGCUUUUAGUGGACUUUUGAUUUAUGCUGAGGGACAAUGGCUGUUAUUUAUACUCAGGUGGAGAGAGAAAGCUGAAAAUACUCUGUUGAAAGCUUUGUUAAUGCACGCUGGCUGGCUUAGCAUGCUAGGGCUGACUAGAGUGAGCGCUAAAUAUACCUGAGUACACACGCUAACACGCACUCCAGCUAAAUGUAGUGGUGGUAUUUCCCAAAAGCCCAUGUGAGUAAUUGUAGUCGUAAAUUAUUUUUGCAGGUUAGUUUUGUUUAUCGGGUUUCAAGAAAAUGAAUUCUUAUUUCAAAUAAAGGUCCUUGCACACCAGGAGCAUUUUUUUCGUGCGAUUAUUUCGGACGUCAGUAAUUUUUUUCCGAACCCGUAUCCUGUCAAUACAAGCGUUAACAUCAGCAACGUUUUCCUGUCCUGCGAUAUUGCGGCAUUUAUUUUUUUGCAUCACGGUCAAUUUUUCUAAAGUUACGCAUAUUGUGUGUCCACUUCUGACCAAUCAGAUUGCGCAUUGUUGCGACGUCAGAUUCACGGUGUAUCCAACAUGGCCGACCAGCUGAUUGUUUAUGUGUCGGAGAACAGAGUGCUUUUUGAUAAAAAAACACAAAUAUUACAAAGAUAACGACCUGAAGGACAACUUGUGGAGAGUCAUAGCGUCGGAUUUCUCAUAUGACGAUGGUUUGUGUGCUUUAACAGUUUGCUAAACGUCUUUGUUUUAACUUUCAUCUGUGCUAAGUAACUUUAGCUCAUAAGCUAACCUGUUCAGAUACAACAUACCAUAUGUAUUUUCACUGUCUCAAACUCAAUCACGUUGCUGUCACAGCACCAUUAGGUCUCUGUUGUUACCUUACGUUUAUGGAUUAUAGUUUAAUGUGCUUAUCUGGUUCUGGCCCCGACUCAGUACAUGCUAUCAUGACAGACAGUCAUCUCAACACUAGUGUCUAAUCAGAACUGAAAAACAGUCAGUCUGCUGUUGUGUCAGUCUUCUCGCUUCCACCCGGGACGCAUCUUUUUUUCCCCCCAGAAAGUCACAAAAUCACAUUGCGCUUGAUGUGUAUAGUCAGGCGCGUCAAAAUUCGCCUCUGAAUAUUUUGUAAUUUUGCGUCGUAUAUUUGCAUCGUUCCUGGUGUGUGAGGACCUUAAGUCUGACACACCCCAAAACUUCUAAACCCGAGCCUGAACAACCAAGGAGGCCUAUUCCCAGAAAUCACAUUGCUUCACCGACAGUUUAAUGUCCCUCAACCCACUUUUUAUCACAGAAUCAGGCGAGAAACUGACACCUUUCACUGACGCUUUCAAGUUUUUACUCUGAAUAACAGAAAGUUAGCUUGGAGACAAUAGCAUUUUUGCUAGCUUUUGGUUCAGUGGUUUCCUGAAACAACUUGAGCUUCACGAUGAAGUUAUACUGUACUCUUGGUUAGGUACAUAUCUAACUAAUUCUGUAAAUUUGCAGUCUUAAAUCUAUCUUGAUGUCUACUUUCUUGCUCUAAACACUAGUAUGACUCUGCUCUCCUAUGAAUUUAGUAAGAACACGUCAUGUUGAAUGUUUCCAUUCGUCAGCCCCGUCUCUUCGUCUCUUCCCUGUGCUGAGGAGCUGCUUGUAAAACCUUGUCUCGGCUGAAUAAAUCACUGCAGACAGAGGACAAGAGUAGACCUGACAGGUGUUUAGUUGCGGUGCGUACACCCAUGACGUGUAUGUGGUUGUGAGGGGAGGAUGUAGUGGUAAUCAUCUCUGGCCCUUGAACUUCUCUCCCUCCUUUCCUCCCUCUCUGGAUCAAUUCUUCUCCUCUCUUCUCUCUAAUUGGCUGCCUUGUUAUCAGACAUUUCUGUCACCCUCUUCCUUUUUCCUUCUUUGUUCUCUGCGUCUUCCCUGUUCCUCCUUGUUUCACCCACUUUCAUUUGAUGAAUGGGACCAGGCCUCCUGUAGAGGCUGCUGGUACUGAACCAGAUCAGCCUGUGGUGAUUGGUUAAUCCCCUGAGCAAAUGUGGGUCAGUGGUGCCUAUAUUUAGUCCUGUAGGCAAAGGGAAAACCCAGGUACAGUAGUAAGGAGCCAGCAACAACAAUGUGGCGGAUUAUGAUUAGACCCAGGAGGGCUGGUUCUGCUACAUCGAGCAUUGUGGCCAUGAUGCUUAAAAAAACCAUCUUCAGUUUUGCUUCAUUUUCAAUUCCUCAAAAACUCAAGGUCAUAUCCUUGUUUUGAACCUUUUGAUGUUUUUGUAAGUAGUUUAAUAGAAUUAUUGUGUGACUUCUGUGAUGAUUGGUCAAAAGUUUAGGUGAUAUUUUGCAUAAACACAACAUAUGGAGUCUACUUGUGGGAAGAGGGUCCUGUGGACAGGGCCAUCUGUGUUCAUCUCAUCCACCUGACUUUGACAGUCAGAUAUAUAAAAAAUGUAUUGUGAAUAUUUAAUGGGGGAUUCACAAAAACAAGGUUGUUUCUUUAGCUGCUUGGCUGCUAAAGAAACCCCCUCGCGCAAACUUUAAGGCGUGAGAAUUUACAGUGUAAAAGUUGUCGGACUUGUUGCCAAUGGUCUUGUUUGCUUUUGUAUAUCAUGAAAAAGCAUCAAUUUGACUUUCAGUGUGUUUUGUAACAACGAAAAAACUCAGAACAGGAGCUUUAAGGUGGUUUAACGGGUUCAUAACCUUAACUACUGCACAGAGUUACUUAAAAAACACUCCUCUAAAUUUUCAGUCUCUCUGUCUGAAACAAUGAUGAGCAUGUAAGGUAAAAGAAGAUGAUAAAGUUCCUGAGCCCUGAAGCGGUGUGUGUGUGUGUGUGUGUGUGUGUGUGUGUGUGUGUGACUCAUGAAACAAGGCCGUUGAGUGCUGAUGAGUGUAGGCAUGUGGAGCUGUGAUUCAUGUCUCCCCUGAGCAUUCUCAAGGUACACCAUGGUCAGGGAGACACUCUUCCUUACAACUAAUGCUUAUUGAUUUCCUUUCUCUCUCUCUCACACACACACUUACACACACACACAGAGUAUCUUGUCUUCUUGAGCCAGACGGCGGCCAGACAGGAUUACACUUAAGAAUCUGUCAAUAGUUGAGUGGGAAGGAUAAACACUACCGCACUUCCCAAGAACCAGGUGUGUUUUAUUUACUCAUCCAGACAAUAAAAAGUUUUAAAGCAGAGUUAACCAUUUUAACAGUGGCAUUUCUAUUAUAUCUUGUUAUAUUUGUUUGGGGGGAGUGGUGAUGUUAUUUUGGAUAAUGAGAGAAAUAAGUCAACGUUCUGAGAAAACCGCAUAAAUUUCACAUAAUCACAGGAAAAUGCAGACAAUAAAAUGUUUGCAUGUAUGUCCAUUCAGGGCCUCUGUAUACCUGUACUCAGUCAUGUGAAUUAAUUAACCAACAAUAUGAAUUGUUACAUUCAAAAAGUUGACCAAACUGGGUUUUAAAACAUUCAGCUAUUGCAUGGCAACAGCGGCGAAGGCUUCCAGAGCGCUGGGAUAACCAAUCACAUUCAAGCAAAGAGUCUCUGGGCUGUAAAUCAUGAAAGGACAAUAUUGUGCCUGAAUAUGAGCAAAACACUCCUGAUUUCAUGUUUCCCAUCGUGUUGUUCAAGAGUUUCUGUUGAUAUUUGCUAGCUACACCACAAGUUAGCCACAACUUUUAAGAUACAGGGAACUAAAUUCGGAGCAAAAUGUAAAAUCUCAAAUGAGUUUUAUGUAUAAAAAUAAAGUUUAAAAAACUGUUGACUGUUUCUGACACUUAUUGGCGAAACACAGUUAGAGUAACAAAAAGAUAAAGUGCUAGCUAGCUAACCCGCUGGAAAAAGCUAACCGGAGCAGACAUUAAAGGGAUAUUCUGGCGUAAAAUUAAUUUAGGGUCAAACACACCAAAACACUGAGUUAGACACCCCCUCGAGAGAUAAAUGUUGCCGACUUUUACCAACUUUAGUAACGAUCAUUUCUUCAUGGAGAUGCAAUCAGACCGAGACGCUAAGGCAGAAGAACCACCACAUCUGCUGUGCAAAAUGAUCAAUAUGGUGAUUAUUACUUCAAGGAAAUGAUCGUAAAUGUUCCUCCUUGAGCUGCGUCACCCUGCAGCAGUCCAUAAUGGACUGGCCUAAGGUCUCGCUACAAACAAGCGGCUGCUGGAAGAGAGUGGGUGAGUUGUGUUUAGUCUCUUUGCCAAAGAAAUUGGGACCUUAUAUGUACUGUUGAUGAAGUUAGUUGCUGUUCUGAGCAUUAUUUGUGGCUAUAGAGUGGCUUUUUGGUUGAGGUUUGUUUAUGGCUCCUCAGACACUCUUGCUAUCGUGCGGUCGUUACUAAAGUUGGUAUAACUAGAGAAGCAAGCGGUCUGCAACAUUCAUCUCUCAAGGAGGUGUCUAACACGGUGUUACACUGUGUUUGACCCCAAAUUAAUUUACGCCGGAAUAUCCCUUGAAGCUUGCAGCAAUUUUUGUAGCGAUACCGAUUGUUGACAAAUUCAACAUUUUGAUGAAUCCAUCAUGCUAGGCUGACAAUUGUCACUGUUUACUAUUGUUUCCACUGAGUAAGCGUAAGAUAGUAAACCUUGUUUGUUCAGUAUUUUGAUCACAACCAUUAAAAAUGUGUUAUUUAUAAACCCUCAAAAUCCAUGAGGAUGUAUAAACAUGCAGAAAUAAGUGAUUCGCAGAUACUCACUCCUUACCACUGGUAUGUUAGGUCCCCACACAGACAGAGUCAUGCCUCCCCACGCUGACCUCUUGAACCCGGGUCAUGCAUUCCACCCCCUGGUUCACUGCUCAUGAGAUCACGCAGUUGUGAUGUCAGGCUAUUUUUAAAGCCGUGCAGACAGUCAGUGAGUAUUUAUGACCAAACUGUGAGGUCAAAAGUCAGAUAAAACUUGGGUUUAAGCACCGUUGUUAUCAAAGAGGUUAUCUAUGAAAACUUGAACAAAAACUGUUGGCAUAUUUCCUUAGAUGAUGAUGCUGCAAUGGAUAGAAAAUAAUGCAAAUGGCUGUGAGAAUUGUCUUUAACUUCACGCUCAUGAGCACCAAAAAAAAUAUAUUUCAUUAUGAUUUUUUCCCUUUGACACCAACACUCAUGUGGGAUAGUUUGUUGCUGUGGCCAUCAGCGUGAUCAGACUUUGGAGACGUUUCUUUUUCUGGUUAAAAUGGGCAUUUGACUAUGCACAACAGUUAGCAUAAUUUGUUUAUAUUAAAAGCCUUGAGGCUAUGAAGCGUAAUAUAACAGACACUAAUACAGUGUCUUGAUAUUUGUGUCUAGUCAAUAAUCAAAGUUGAUAUUAUGAUUUCACCACUUGCAAAACAAAUCCCCAAAUAUGUAUGAUCCCCAAUGGAACAUGGGUUCAGCCAUUAAAUAAAGCGGUAGAUUUUUAGCAGUGCUGAAUUCCUUCAAUACAUAGAUAAGAUGAUUUUUCACUUAUUUUACACAAACACGACAAAAUUUUUUAAAGACUGUUUUCUUCUAAUGGUCUUUUAAGGAGAUCUCUUUAAUACAAAACAAACAUGGAAUAUCACUAACUCUAUUUUCUAUUUAAAAAAAAAAAGAUGAAAAAAUGUUCCUCCGCUUUUCCCCCUUAUGUUACAUUUGGUUUGUAGAUUUUCUAUGUUAAGCCUUGGAGUUGAUUCAUUAGCUUCUCUCUUGUUUUAAAGCUUACCUGAGCAAUACCGCUACAAGCUAGUCCUCCCAUUGUUCUGCCUUAUCUUUUAUUCUGCUGUUUGAACCCCUGAGGGCAGUGGGAAAUCCUCCGUCCCAGCACACCAUCAUCCUCCACCUUCUCCUCCCAACCCCCUCAGUCUAAAGUAAUCAUAAUGCAUCUCCUUCACUGCAAGGGUGAGGCUAAUGUCACUGAUACAACCUUUAAAACAGGCCUCCAUACAGCUGGACUGCACUUUUCUGAGUAUGUCUUCACUUAAGUCCUCUUGUAGCUGGUGGCAGUUUAUUAUCUGACCUUUUUUGUCCCUCUGCUGGCAGAGCAGCACUCAGACACUCACAGGCCCACGUUAGCAGCUUGUUAUGAUUGCAGCAUAAAGAGUCCUUAUCUUUCUGGUUCUUACACCGACACUGCUGACCUUCAUUAUCUACGGAUGCAGCCAGACCCAGACGUCAGCAUGUAGCCCAGUUGGCAGCUCGCUCUGUUUACUUUUUCCACUUCCCAUCUUUAUUUUUUUCUUUCCCACGUGUUUGGAAGGAACCUCCCUUGCCUUUUUGGAGUUGCAGUUUCUGCCCGUUUCUAUCUGAUGGCACAGCUCCUGGUGGAAAUCCACUUAGAUGCACUACCAUGAGAUAGCAUAGUUUUCCAGGAGCAUGGCUCAGAUAAAAGCUUUCUCUCAUAAUAUUUUCAAUCCUCUGAUCCCAUCUCUUUCAUUUCCCCCUUGAGCUAUGUGGCUAUAUUGAGCUCAAACUGCAUUCAGCUGCUGUUUUUUUUCUACUUUGUGUUUCUCUAGACCUGCUGAAAUCCCUGGUAACAUCCCAAUUUCCUUAAUUACACAGUUUCUCUGCGCUGAAUCCACUCCACAUGAAGUAGUAUAUGAAGCUUUUUAGAACAAUGAAAUCAUCUCUGACAUUUGUAACAUCUGUGGCUUAGUUUUUGUGAUGUUCUUGUUAGUGUUUUAACCUUAUUUGCUGUUUUUGAUACUUUGGAGUUUGUCUAAAUGGUAUAAAUAGUUCUCUUAAUGGUUUCCUUUUCCAUGUUUUCAGGAUGACAACUGGGGCGAAACCACCACAGCCAUCACCGGCACAUCAGAGCACAGCCUCUCUCAGGAGGACAUUGUCCGCAUCACCAAGGAUCUGGAGGACAGCGUGGGCUUGGACUGCCGCCGUUACUUCACCCUGACCCUCGCCGUCAUCCUGGGCCUGCUGGUUUUCCUGACGCCGCUGGCCUUCCUCGUCCUCCCCCACCUCCUCUGGCCGGAGAAGCUACAAGGCUGCGGCACGGCCUGCGAGGGCCUCUUCAUAUCCGUGGCCUUCAAGCUGCUUAUACUGCUGCUGGCUGUGUGGGCGCUGUUCUUCAGGCCGCCGAGGGCCGGCUUACCGAGGGUGUUUGUAUUUCGGGCGCUGCUGGCUGUGUUGGUGGUGCUCUUCGUGCUCUCUUAUUGGCUGUUCUACGGAGUCAGGAUACUUGACUCACAGGUGAGCUUUAGGAAAGGUUGCUGGCGUGAAAUAUAAUAGCUCCAACUUAAAUCAUGCACACACAGGAGACUGGAAUAAAUCAAACAGCUGUAGGAGGGGGUUCAUAUUUGCAUAAACAUUCAUUUUUAAUGCCUCCAGAGCUAAAAUAACCACAAACAUCCAAAACACAGAUAUUUGGUUUCCCUGUUGAGUUGUUUGCUGUUUGACUCAAUUUGAACUCCCUGUUGGACCCUCAUUUAGAGGGAUUGCUCACACACACACACACACACACACACACACACACACAGAAAAAGGAGUUCCCACCCUGUGAAAGUAUCUAAAUAUUCAUAUGCUCUCCAUCUUGUCUUACAUGUGAAUUAUCUCAUUUUUUAGCCUCUGGGGCUUCUUUAUGCAGUCGAUAGUUUACUGUACUCUUUGUUUCCAGGAUGAGAACUACCAAGGCAUCGUGCAGUACGCUGUGUCCCUGGUGGACGCUCUGCUUUUCAUCCACUACUUGGCUAUUGUCCUGUUGGAGCUCCGGCAGCUCCAGACGUGCUUCUCUGUGUGCGUCACGCGCUCAACGGACGGGGAGACCAGGCACUACAACCUGGGACAGCUCAGGUGAGACGCACCUUUUGUCAAAUUUUGAUUUGAGAUGUGCUUAGAGGAGAUUUUUAGGAGUUUUGUGCUGAAAAUAAAAUGCGCUAAUUGUGCAAUUAAAGUCGGAAAUGUUGUUAAAUUCUCCCCUGUUGUUGCUCCACUUGGAAAUUAAGGCUAAAAAGACUCACAGGUGCAUGUUUUAAUGCAAAUUGACCAUACUGAGACAUUUCUAAUGACUGCAGCGACACUAACAGGGGCUGUUAGACUUGAGGUGAAAUACCCAGAUGACCUUAAAGAUCAGGAUUAAAAGGACAAGACAUGAGGUGAAGAGAGAUAUGCAGAUGUGAGUGAUCAGAGGAGAGGUGGAGAAAAGAUGACAUGUGGGUGAGAUGAAGGCAGAGGAGAAGAGGGAAACUGGGACAUCUUAAAAGAGAGAGAGAGAGAGAGAGAGAGAGAGAGAGAGACUGGGAAAGAAAGGAGGAAGUCACAAAUAAGAGGAAGGAGUAAUUACAGGAGCAACGACGAGGAGGAGUGAAAGAGCAGCGGUGGACUGAAUGUUAAACCAGAGGAGGGAGGAAAUAAAGAAACAAGGAGGCGAGCUGGAAAAGUGGCUGACAGGGAGAGGAAAACUGUGCCAGGAGAAGAAAGGAAGGGCGGGGAAGACUUCAGAGAGGAAACUCCUCAGAAAAGAGCUGCAGACAGAGGGGUGGGGUGCAGAGGGAAGACCCUGGAGACCUAACACUCCAAGAAGAGGAGGGGGUGAGAGAAGAGAAGAGAGGAGGAGGGAUUAAUAGUUAAUGGGAGGGUAGUGUUGGAGAAUCCUAAAAUGUAUGUGGGAAUGGAAGAGAAGGAAGGCGUGUGUGUGUGUGUGUUUGUGUGUGUUUGUGUGGAGGAAACAGCCCAGACUAGACCAACCAGGUUUUUAUAACCUCAACGUCUCUGAGGAAAAACAGGAUGAGCCCAUUUUUAACCAAACACAGCAGCAGGUAUCAAUACACAGCCCCCAGAAAAGAUGCUCAUAAGCCUGCAGGUGGAUCAUAAAAGCUGAUGGAUUUAAAGACAGACAGGGACCUCACUUUAUGACAGGAUGGAUGAAACAUAAACCUACUGUAUAGCUUGCAUUUUGCCAUAAUUGUACUCCAGGAUCUCACAAGUGGCACUGUGGUGUUUCUGUGUCUGUAGAUCUUUUUCCAAAGUCUCCCUGUAUCAGGACAAGAAACUUUGUCCUGUAUCAUAAAAAAGUUUAAUCAGUGUAGCUGGAGUGUUUCAUACACUCAGAUUAAAAACAGUCCUGCACUUAACCCCCCUUUUGUAUGCUAUCAUUUUGACACUAUUGAUUUUUUCUGUAAUACUCAGUUGUUUAUUCAGAGGGAUUAGCUUUCCCAGUAGAGUCUUUGUUUUCUGCCAAAUACUUUCAGAGCUCCCUGAUGACUGAGGCAUUUUUAAGCAAAUGGAGGUGUAUAAAUAAAUGUGAUAAACAGUCAGUGCUUUGAUACGAGUGUAUCUGAUUUCACAGAAAACAGGCAUGAUGUCAGUAAUGCAAAAUACGGUCACUUACAUUGAAGUUUAAAUCAUCAAAGAUACAAACCAAUACAAGACAAGGAUGAUCUCUUAUCGUCUUAGGCAGCACCGCACUGAAACCAGACAUGGCUCUGUAGUGGAAAUCACUGCAUUGGCUCAAAAUGACACAAUACUUAGGGUUGUGUAUUGGCAGCCAUAUCUAGACUGUACUCGAUUGUUUCUUACACUUAUGAGUUAAAAAACACUGAAAUAUAUUGUGUCUUUUUUCUCCUUUUUCAUAGUUUGUCGCAUCUUUUUUUCUAAACAUUAACUUUAUAAACAAGAACACACAUUCUAAACACAAAUAUGAGUCCGCAGUCCAGCAAAAACAUACAAACAAGCCAAACUUACACCAAAUAAAUAAAUAAAUAAAUAAAUAAUAAAUAAAAUAAAAAAUAAUAAUAAUAAUACACCCUAGGAAGUCUAUACUCGAUUGUUUCUUACACCAAGUGUCUAAGUCAAAAAUCUGUCAUAAUUUUUACAUUGACCUGUUUUUGUUUGUUUUGUUUGUUUGUUUGUUUGUUUGUUUGUUUGUUUUUGGAGGGGGGGUUUCUUUGGAAGUUUUGUCUGUAUACUGUUGGUAUACUGGCUCUUUUUUUGUUCAUUUUGCAUAAAUAUUUAUAUAAAACUGAAUAUAAUCCAAAAAAACAAAACAAAACAAAAUAAAACUUAGGGUUGUAUAACUAUUCAUGCAGAACAAACUGGAAUUGUAAGGUGUAAAGAUUUUUCAUUGGUGGAGAUAGGACUGUGGAGUGUGUGUGUGUGUGUGUGUGUGUGAUGGAGUGGUCAGUGUGUUCGCCUUCUGCCUUGGGGGCGUCGUCCUUUGUAAGCGGUGCCAUUCAUCCCGCUUGGUCGGCAGCAGGCCUGGCCUUACUCUGUUGUCCGUCUGUGACUGUAAACACACGGCUAAUUAGUGCUCCCUGUAGACCGGAGUACGGCAUCUGGUCAGCCUGACACACAAACACUGAUGCUAACGUGUGUGUGUGUGAAGGAUAAUUGUAUCAUAUAGAUGCAAAUGACAGAAUCAUGCAGAUGUAACCACAAACAUGAGCAAAUAUCAGAUCAGAGAUCUCUCAGCGGCUGCUGCUCACAUUCCUGUUUCAUUCCUAUCUUUUCGUCUUAUCAUAAUGGAGAUGCAGCCCGGGGCCCCGAAGGCUCUGACGUCUCUUGUCUGUCUGCUCGGCCUUUGAUGCCAAACUGAGGGCCAGAGGAAGCUUUUUUCGGCCUCCUUGUCGGACCAGAAAGGCUGAAUAUGGAUGCAUUCCUGACAGAGUUGUUGGAAAUGAGGGUGGGGGUUAAACACAUUCACAGCUGGAGACUUCCCAGUUUACAUUCCCUCUCUGGUUCCCCUCUCAGAUCAGUCACUAGAAGCAACAUUAGAGGCCUGCAAUGUUGUCUGUAGUCAAGCGGCGUAGUUAAUAAGGUUUUCUGUUUUGUUUGCUCGGCUUAAUAAUUGAUCGAAGUCAGGAAGCUAGAGGAGCUCUGACUCAGCCUAAUUGAUCACUGAACAAUAGUCCUUUGUAUUGGAGAUUUCGAUGCUUAAGACAAGAGAUGUUUGUCCAGGUUAUAUUCCUUUGGGAGGUGUGAUCACACUCCUACCUGCCCCUCCGACAGAAACAAGAACUCCCUUCUUUCUGCCUCGCUGUUGAAACAAAAGCCCACAAUGUGUGUGCUUUCAGGAGCCCUCUAUCCCAUGAGUGAUUAAUUGACACUUUAAUAAAGUAGUUGGCUUCAUUUGCAUGCUGUUAUUGAACCUAAAUACCACUAGGGUCAGGGGUCUUGCCACGAUCCUCCCCUGGGAUAAUAGAGAGCGCGUGCUGCUGGCUAGCAUGCAUUGUGGUUCAUGUAUAUUGAGUUAGUGUUCCACGUGGCAGUGAGGGCUUCCACACUAAAACCCACUUCCACACAAGCAAACACUCUUAUUUUAUUUUUUUAGCUUAUAAAGAGCAACAUUGGUGCCCAUGUAGAGUCUUCUUUGACCUCAAUUCUGCUAGCUCUGUACCGUUAGCGACUGGCUAGGUAGUGUUAGCUAGUUUUUUUGUGCUGAUUACAACAACAUAGAAGAAAAACUGAAAAAAAAGUGAUGAAAGUUUAGCUUUUUUCAAGAUUUCUGGGCGUUGAACAGAAAUGAUAACCAAGGUUGCUAGCCUUCUAGCUUGGUGUUACCAAGAGUCUAAUUAUCUAUAUCUCAUGUAACGAGUGAUCUUUAGUUAGCUUAUGAUGUUUUAUGUAGAUUAAGAAGCAAUUUUGUGUUAAUCUAAUGGUUUACUUAAAGCUCCUCUGAGGAAUUUCUGACAUGUCUCAGCUUUGGCGCCCUCUGUGGACACAACAGUCUUGUUCCUUACAUGUUCAGUUUGUAUCUUCUGUCAAAAAAAUCUCCUCCUGCUGAUUUUCAAUAAUCAAAUAUUUCUUUUUUUUGGUGGAUUAUGAUAUUAAAAAAUGUGAAUCAUGUCGUAAUGGUUCAGUUUAAUUCUGUUUUGUUAACGUCAAAAAAUUCCCCAGAGGAGCUUUAAGUAACUUAACCCUAUCUGUCACACAGAAUUUCAACAUUAGCCAGUCAUGUUGAACCAAGUACAUCCUGAGUGUGUUAAAUUGAAUUGUUGGUUGAAUAACAGGUGAAAACACUCCACUCAUGUACAGUCUGAUUAACUGUGGUGUGUUAUGAAAGGCGAGUGGUGGCACGUUCGUUCACCCGCACUUUGCAGGAUCAGGAUGUGGUUUAAGGGUGCUGGUGGAGCUCACAUCAGACCCUGAAUGCUUUUACUUCAGACCUCUUUUCCUUGAUCCUCCCUCAGUGACUUCCUUCUGUUACUGCUUGAGCCACUUAGCAUAAGAGUUCCCACAAAAACCUUCAUUUGAGUAUUAGUUUUAACUUGGUGAUGUCUUGUUUCUAGUUUCACUUUCCCUUAUUUUACCCUUCAAAAACUUUCGUCUGUGCUUUUGCCCCCCCUUUAGUAGAUUUCAGUUUCUGUUUUCCAGAAAGACAAGAAGGAUUUCUUUAGUAGUAGCGACUUUUCAAAGAAAGCUAAGCAGGUCUUUGGGCUAAUUCUUCCCUCUGUUUCUGCCCUCUCCUGCUCUCUUUGUUGGUUUUUUGUAUUCAGAGAGAAGUGUAGAAUUACUGCAGGGAUUUCCUUGUGUUCAAUGUCACAAGUGUGGAAAAAAAAAUCCUUUCUCACAUUCCUGUCUCUUUUCCUGGAGCUCAGACUCUCACAGCGGAGUUAAGCUUACCUGUAUUUUACCUGAAGUAUUCCCCUCUGUUCACACUUUCCUUUAAUAUCUUCUCCUCUCCAGUAUUCAGCGAGCAGCUCUGGCCAUCUUAGAGAAUUACUACAGCGACUUCCCAGUCCACAACCCUGCGCUGCUUUCGGCCUCAAAGUCCAGAGCAGCCAAACACCUGGCCGGCCUCAAGGUCUACAACGUGGAUGGUGAGUUCCCAGCAGCCCGUGCUGAGGGUGAGUGGGACUGUCUUCUAACUGCAUGUUGUUUCUUUGGUGUUUCUGUCCGGUGCGGUCUCUAAAGGUCUACUUUUCCUUCCUCAAGCAAGAAUUCUCCGGCAAAAUAUGACCAGGAUGAUAGUAAAAAUUUCAACCUGAGCAGUUAUUAAUAGGGCCCGACCGAUUUAUCAGCGAGCCGAUUAAAUUGGCCAAUUUCAGCCCGUUUGAGACUAAUCGGUAAUCGGCCAAAACUCACAGAUUUUCACCGAUAUUUUCAGAAAUAAAAUGCGAAGAAUAAGAUUCGGUGUCACUUCGAAAAUGUCCCGCCAUUUGAAAAGUUCCCCGACUUAUCCUGUAGAUGGCGCAGCGACCUCAUGACAAUCUUCAUCCACUAACUACCUCACAGCACAGCAGAGUGACGGAGCUGAAGCAGGCAGCUCAAGGACACACAGAGGAGAGUGGUCCGCCUCAACGGUAAAUAAACUAGUUUGUGAAAUACACAAUAAGUCAACAAGUUUCAGUUCAACCCACUUCGCGAUGUUCCCCGAUGGUCACGCCGAGUUAACGGUGAAGCACCAUGUAAUAUGCAAGCUAAAGUUAGUUAGCCUUCUGCUAUUAGCCUUGCUACACUGUUAAAAUAAACAACUGUACACAUUACGUGAUCAAGCUUCUUCUCUUACUGAGGCAGCUGCAUGUCUCCAGGUGAGACCGAACUGGAAAAGAGUAACGUGAGUUAAGACGCGGAGACACCGAUCCGCGGGGUGGUAGUUGAAAACGCUUCCCUGGUCCGAGUUUGAUUAGUUGGUCUUCCUGUCGGCGUAAAGAGCAGUAGCCUACAGUAUGUAUAUAUUUUUUUAUAACUUUAUAAAAAAAAAUUUAAAAUCGGCCAAUUAAUCGGUAAUCAGAUUUUUUUACCCCCUAAUAAUCAGCAUCAGUAUCAGCAUCUGCCCCAAAAAAUCCAUAUCGGUCGGGCCUUAGUUAUUAAGUAGCAGAAGAUGUUAAGAUUGAGCUACACAUCUGCAUAAAAUCUCCACAUUGCUGAACACAGUGGAAGUCUUCACAUAAAAUCACAGUUUAUACUUCUUUCUUAGAUAUAAAGGAACUCAGUCUGUGAGCGUGUUAUAACAGGAAAGUAUUUGUUUUUAUUAGUAGCUGUUGAGUGAGCACAUGCAUCAACACACGUGGUUAUUCGACACUUGCUUUAAUUUCACUCUGGGACCUUUUUAGCCUUCAGGAAAUGCUCCGCUCGAUUGUUAAUUCCCUCCUCUCCUCAUGUGUCUCUCAACUCUGUCGCUAAGAUGUCUUUAGAGCUAAACUGAAAGCCUACCUGUUGGACAGUAAGUAACUUCAACGCUGCUUUUAAUGAAGCCCCCCCCCUCACAGACUGCCUGUGUUCACUCCACAAAAGCUAUCCUGAAAUCUCCAGGCCUGUCAGGCGUCCUCGAAGCUUAAACGAAAGCCUCCUUUUCACCCAGUGUAACACACACUCUUCAACAGCAGAUCCACUCACUCUCACCCACUCCUCUUCACUCCUCUCGGCAUGCCACAGGUUGAUGAAAAAAGUUGGCCAGUCCUCACGACAGCUGACGGAAUGUAACACAAACCCUCUAUUAAAUUAUCACUCUCCCUUAAGUGUACUCAAGCUUCACUUAAGUGCUCUGACUUGACUCCCACUUGGUUUCUUUGUUAUUUUUUCUGCUGCCAUUUCUUUCCCGUCUUCGUCCACCCUUGCUGAAAAGUUAGCGGAGACAGCGGCGGAGAUGGCUGAUAAAUCAAUAGCUAUUACUCUGCCGGUCCUGUCAUUUCUCUCUGGUGUCUCAUCCGCCUUCGUUCUCAUCCUGCAGCAGCGGCAGCAGCAGCUGCUCGGGGACCUCUCCUUCUCUCUUCGUCUCUCUUAUUGCGAGCUCUCACUUCGCUCUCUUUUGCCCUGCAGCCGCACAGACAUUGUAAUAAAUAAGCUGAAUCCAGGCACAGACAAUAAUCUACCCUUGAUUAAAGAUAAGUGAAGCCCUGCACACAAAGCGGCUGUAACACUCAAUUACAGUGUGUUGAAAUGGGUUUAGGUGCUCUUAUGAUGCCGUAGAUGCUAUCCGGUGGGUAUCUUGUUUUCACAGCGCUAGAUAUUGAGGUUAGGAGAUGAACCUCUGCAGAUAAAAAAGUGAUUUCUAAACAGAAAUCCUCCAAAGUCUAAAAUAUAUAUUUUAAAAAAGAUAAAAAACUUACAAUGCUCUAGCCCUCUCUUUAAGUUCCAAUCUUGCAGAAACAAGAUAAUUAUCUUAUGCAAACAAGUUCUAGCGAGCAAUCUUGUUAAGACUGUUUAUUUGUUCACAGAAACAUAUAUUGUCCACUUUGAGGAAGAAUCUUUAUUUUACUGAUGCAAGCUAAAAUCUUGCACACACUUUAUAUCAAAUCUUGGCAAACCUUAUUUAAUCUUGGGUGCACAUUACAUCAACUUUGUACCAACUGUCUUUCACCACAAGGGAACAAGAAAUCAUAUAGUCAUUUAUCUUGUCCAGAUAGUUCUUUUCUUUUGUACACAAGAUUUUUUUACUUUACAAACUAGUCGUUAUCUUGUGUGAACAAGAUGAUUAUUCUGUGCAGAGCAGGAAUUCGUUUCAAGGGAAAAAGAAUUCCUGUACAGAGAAAAAAAAUAUUGUUUUGUUGGUGCAAGCUAUCACCUUGUGCAUUGCAAAAAUCCUCUUUUCUUUUCAGAGAAGUUAUCUUGUUUGCACAAGAUAGCAACCUUUACUAGUCUGUUAGAUUUGUGAGAUUGAGAAGUCUUUGUAGGGAAAACUUUUGUCUGGUCAAAAACAUUUUUACGGUGUGCACAACACAACUAUCUUGUGCAGACCAGUUAUCUUGUCGAAACAAAAUAACUAUCUUGUGGGCACAGCAUAAAUAUCUUGUGAGGACCAUCUAUUCAUGAAAGGGAACCAGAAGGAAAAAUAUAUUUUGUUGGAUUAAGUUAACACCUUUUGCAUGCCAAAAAUCUUUUAUUUUAUUUUAUUUUUGCAAACAAGCUAUUAUCUUGUUUUCACAAGAUAACUUCCUUUUGUGGACCAUUAUGUUUGGUUGAACUGAGAGAUGUAUCAUGGGGAAACUUUUUAUCUUGUCAGAAAGAGAUUGUGAAAACAGAACUUUCUUGCGCAGACCACACAUAAUCUUGUGGAAACUAGAUAAUCCUUUUGUGUGAACAAGAUAUUGUGUGGCUGUUGUGUCUUUAAUGCCUUGUGCCAUAAAUGUACUUUUGGUUUAAAGUUUUUGAACAAGAUCUUAAGCAUCUGGGCCCAGGAUGAAAAACUUAGCUGCAGCAGAUAGCUUUUGCGCUCAAGAUAAUCACUUUUUUGCUAAAGAUUUUGUCACUUUUCUCUUUAUUUUGAUUGAAUUCGUAAGUGUUUCAAAUCAGCAUGCUAAUAUAACUCUUGCAUUAACUCCUGCUAACACCGAACAAAGUUUUUAGCUCAUUAUUUCCCACCCUUAACUCUGAUCCCAGUGCAGUGACGGGCUGAACACUCCCUCCUCUUCAUCCAUGAAUUAUUCUGUCCAUGCUCCAUCCCUGCCCGCAUUGAUAAUUCAGCAGAUCUGCCUUCUUUUAACCUGCAUUAACACUCGGCUGGGUUCAUCUGCAGCCUCCCAUCCUAAUUCCAAAAAUCUCACCGUUUUUGAAGUCGCUCAAGACGCUCCUUUAAUUAGAGUCCAAGUGGUUGAAAAAAAGGAGCUGUUUGGAUGUCUUUAGCAGUAUGAGAGUAAGUGAUGUUUUUAGGAUUCACCAGUGGAAUAAUAAAAGAUAACGAGUUUGUGCGGCUGUAACUCGUGGUCCUAGGGGGGUUUUGAUAGAGGAAGUGGGCCACCUUUAAUGUGCAUCAAUAAUCCUCACCUCCCCUCUAAAAGCACAUUACCCUCUAUGUCAUCAUCAGACUUCUUUGUUCCUUUACCUUUGUUUCUCUAAAGUAAUUCAGACACUCUCAUACAUGUAUGAAAAGUAUCCUGUCUUAUAAUCCGUCUGUGCAGGUCCUGGGAACAAUGCAACAGCAGGGAUGGCGCACUCCCAGUCCAGAGCUAUGAUCGCAGCUGCUGCACACCGCAGAGACGCCAGUCACAACGAGCUGUACUACGAGGAGGCGGGGCAUGAGAGGCGUGUUCGCAAACGCAAAGCACGGUAAUAUAUGCAGCUAACUUAUUUAAGUUCUUAAGUUCAAAAGUUCUUGAUUGAGAGAUGGAGGAACUACUUCGCAAAAAGUAGUUGGACUCAGUGGAGGAUGUGGUGGAGAGAUCUACACUGUGUUUAGCGUUUGACUGACGAAAUGCUCAUGAAUUUUGCAACUCUGUUCGUUGUCCACCACUAACGUUUUUGUCUAGUCUCAUCUCGUCAACGUAAACGCACAUUGGUCUCGUCACAUUUUAGUCAUAUAAGACUUAUGUUUAGCUCGUCAAUGUCACGUCUUAGUCGUGGAAAACAACACUGAUUCUCAAGAACAUGGAUCACCCACUUCACAACAUCUUGAUGGACCAAAGGGCCAAUGGUGGUGGACGGCUCCUCUCUCUUCAGAUUCAGAAGAUCUUUUGUACCAACAGCCAUCAGACUUUAUAACUCUUAUGUAAAUAGUAGAUAACUUUUAGAGACAUAUUAUAUGAGACAACAGACGAUUGAAUUUCUCUUCGGGGAGUAAUAAAGUUCUUUCUCUUCUUCUUCAAUCUAAGCUUUGUUUUUCAUGUCUUUUUCAGCCUGGUGGUGGCAGUGGAGGAGGCGUUCACACAUAUCAAGCGCAUGCAGGAGGAGGAGCAAAAGAAAGCUCCAGGGGACGUGAUGGACCCAAGAGAGGCUGCUCAGGCCAUCUUCCCCUCCAUGGCGCGAGCCCUGCAGAAGUACCUGAGGACCACCAAGCAGCAGCAUUGUCACAGCAUGGAGAGCAUCCAGCAGCACCUGGCCUUCUGCAUCACCAACAACAUGACGCCCAAGGUUGGAAACCCCAGAAACAGAAAUAUUUUAUCAAGAGUUUGCACAUUUAGACUGAAGGCAAAACUGUGUGUGUUCAUUUACGGCAUAUUCUCUUCUUCAGGCGUUCCUGGAGAGCUACCUGACCCCGGGCCCCACCCUGCAGUACAGCCGAGACCACUGGCUCGCCCGUCAUUGGACGCUCAUCAGCGAGGCGUCCGUCACCAGCGGCCUGAGAGACGGCUCCAUCUUCCUGCUCAAGUGUGUGGACUUCAGCCUGGUGGUGACCUGCAAGAAGAUUCCGUACAUCCAAAUGUCUGAGGAAUACAUCGACCCGAAAUCACACAAGUUUGUUCUGCGGUUACAGUCAGAAACCUCCGUGUAGGACUUUAAACGUUGAUUUUUUUACUCCUCACACUGCUUUGUUGCUCUCAAAUGUUUUCAUUUUGGGUUUGCAGAUUUUAUUUCUACGUUUUUUUUUUUUUAUAUUAUAUAGGAAUCUAUAUACAACACACGUUUGAAUAUAAUGAUCUGUUUAUUUUUGUUUUGGAUUGAAACAAGAAAAAGACUUUGGGCAGUUUUCUAGGAUUUCUUGGAGACUGCUGCGUGCACAUACAUGUUGCCAUGUCUUCUGCAACAUUUGCAAGUACUGGGAUGUUCCCUUGGAUGCAAACAGAUUGUUCCCAAACCAAAUUUCAUGCAUUUGAUGAAAAGAAACAAAACUUUUAUCGGACUUUGCAUCAAAUGCUCUUUUAAUACCGUCUGUAAAUUUGAAGAAAAUGCCUAAAAGGAUGAUGUCUAACAGCAGAUAAAGGAUCUGAAGCAAGUUUCCUGUUACAACUAUCUCCUCAUCACCACUUCAGGUCAUCUGUGGGGCUCUUUACACUUUUUUCUUCACAGUCAAGAUAUCCACGCUCCAGCCUGCCUCAGGCCGGACACAGCAGCACAAAAGCCCCCCCUGAGAGCUAAUCCAAGCAGCCAAAGUCGGACGCCGUGACCUGUCUCGCCGGGCGAUCCCUCCUCCAGGUGCAAUGGAGCAAAAUCCCAAAUAUUUCCACCCCAGUUGGAAACAACACACACAUGCCGGAUUAAACACAGGCCUGAACCCUGGAUGAACCGGAUCAUGGGAGACGCUCAGAGGUGGACACAUGCCCUCAAACGCCCGUCCUGCUUCAUCGGUUCAGUGACCUUCUCAGGGGCUUUCUUGUCGGCAGCAUCUGCGCGGCAUGAUGGGAAGGAGGAGGCACAUCAGGAAUAAAAAGUACUACUGAUAACUUCUGAGGGUGAGGCAGGAAAUACAGGAAAUGCUGUAAAUUCUCAUAGAGGAUGAUGAUCGACAGUGAAAGUGGAAGAAGGUCAGUCACUAUCAAAGACCAGCAUACAAAAAAACAUGAAUUCUGCGACAGAGCCAUCUGUGCUGCGAGUGCUUUACAUUGAUUACCAACGUGUCCCUCCUGGAGGAUUAUAUAAGGAAUGGGUGGAUAUGCAAAUUGUAAUUGAAGUCCUGAAACAGACGUCAUGUAACUCACCAAAAUCAUUUCCUUUACAUUGAAAAAUUUGAUCUGCAGUUCUGCAACGCCAAACAGGAACUAGUACCGUAUUUUUCGCACUAUAAGGCGCACUUUGAAUCCUUUAGGCUGCAGCUACCGUAGCCUCGCAGAGUUAUUGACUGAGUUCAAUAAAGUUUGACUUAUCUGUUUUGUUUGGCUUAAUGCGCUUUAUAAUCCGGUGCGCCUUAUGUAUGAAAAUAGACACUUUCAUUGAUGGUGCGCCUUAUAGUGUGGAAAAUACGGUAGGUGUAGUUUUGACAUUAAGAUCCAUGCAAGGGGGGUCAUGCCAAACCAGGUCUGACAUUUCUUUUUCCAAGAGAAGACCACCUCAUCUUUCAAGAGCUUCAUUAUUCAGCCUCAAACUGCAGCGUCUUAAUGGAAACUACAGUAAAUCCAAUACUUUUUCUGCCUUGAAAAACCACGAGCCGUCCAUUUAACCACAUCCUGGUUCUUUGUGUUGACUCUUCUGACCGGUCAUUGUCUGUUUUUCAAACUUUUAGAGCCACGGAAAUAUUCCACCCCGUCUUUUCUCUGUGGUUUUCACCGCUCACACUUGACUCGCCAAAAAUUAACAUUGCUUCUGUUAUUGCAGCUUUUAAAAACCUGCAAAUUCAGACUUUGAAGUCUGCAGAAAUCUCUGAGAAAGCCUGUAAAACCCUGGAGGGACUGGCUAACCGAUGUCAAAACCACCACUUCACCACCACCAUCAGUCUGCCUUUUCUCUCUCUGAUGUGAUUUUACAGCCAAAGACAAGAUUGCGAGACCUUUUUGAAUUUAUUUGACAGAAAGAAGUGCGGAAAAACAGGAAUAAUAGGAUUUACGCUUCAGUAUUUAAACUAGAAUCAUCAGGCUGGGGGACUUUUUUAGAGAGUUCACAGUAUUUAAAUCCUCACAGGGUUUGCUCGCCUCUCUAGAAUACAUAACAGACGUUAAUAAAUCAGCUCAGUGUUUAUCGAAGGUGAGAGCUGCAGCAGGGUGGAACCUCCUUCCCAACUGGACCGUCUGGUUUGCCUUCACCUUGUUUUCUGUUGUCUGACAAACACGCACGCAGAGAGUCCCUGGAGAUCCGCCACUUCACCGGAGGAUUAAAGAGGAUUUCUUAACUUUGCUUUCACCAAAUAAAUCAGCCAGAGGCACUAAAGUUACACCGCGAGAUCAAUGCCUGGCUUUAUAUUUCACUUGUGUGUCCUUGUUUAAAGAAAUUAGAUAAAUUUGUCCAGUUUGGAGCAUUUCCUGAGCUGAUUUGUAACUCACCCAUGAGGAAAGUGUGUCAGACUUCAUGAAACCGUCUCUACCUGUUAGCAGAGCUGUCCCCUACUGCCCCCUGGCUGCUAAAGCUCAUAUUGUUACUAGUUUGCCUAAAGUUUUUCAUUUAAAAUGGAAAUAUACUGCUCGUUUUUGCAAAAAGAGCAUUUUUACACUGUAAAAAAAUGUAACAGUGAAAUCACUUAAAAAAAAAAAAAAAACACACUCCAGGAUCUUCUCUCUGAAACACCUGCUGGUCACUUUUCUACCUGCUGACAGAUGAACUCUGUAUGACCCCCCCGCUGUGACUGUGCCUCCUGAUUUAACACUGUAUCUAUUUAUGUAAACAAGCAUGUUUGUAUGUAAGUAUGUAUGAAUGUAUGUUCGCCAUUCCAGCUCACAUGACCAGCCUUCUCCCCUCCGCCACCAUCUGUCACGCCGUUGCCAGGUCUCAGUCCUCUCUUCAGGUUCGUUUAGGGUCGGACAGUUUCGAUGCGGGACGUGUUUCAGUUUCACAGCAUAAACAUUUGUAAAAAAAAGAAAAUAAACAUUUUUAUGAACGUUUGUA